AGUGAGGGACCAUCCGCACGAGCGGAGCAUCAGCUGUGGUGUUUGCCGGAGAGUGAGAAACUUCCCUCACUCCUCCUCCUCCUCUGCCGCUUUCUCUCAACCAAAUUCCCUCAGUCACCUUUUCUUUUUAUUUAACUUCUCACCGGUGCGAAUCAGCCACCUGUGAACAGGCUGGUACCGACAGAGGCGUAUUAUUGUAUUUAUUUAUUAUUCUGUUCGAGGUGUUAGUUUGGACUGAAGGUUUCCUGCCCGGUUCGUUCAGGACUUUGGGUGCAACUGGAGCGACUCGACCAAGUUUCUCCCCCCACCUCCAUUCUGCCUGAGGAAUGAGAGGAGCGCCGGAGAGGAAGAGCUGAAACUCGCAUGUUUGAAUGAACAAAAGACCUGAAAAAAGCGAGGGUAUUGCCGCCGAAAUGGAGGAAAAUAUUCUGCUGGGAGCAACAUGUAAGUCACAUUUAGUCUACCUUGAAAAGCUUUGUCAUUCACCUCCUCUCUCACAUCGUAACAGAAAUAUUUAGGACAUUGUAUCGCGUGUUUUAACUUCAUAGUCGCCUGUCAGGCUCAGUGAAGGGCUGAAAAGCUCUGGUGCAAUUAAGGUGAAGCAAUAGAGAGUGUGGUUAGGAAUAAAUGUGUCUGAUGAAUUAUGAAUAGUCCAUUAUGUGGUGCAGAUGCAGACAGCCCACAAAUCAUAACGCUAAUGCAACAUUGUUGUUGUUGUUGUCCACAAGAUUAACACCUAAACCUCAAGCUGGGGUUUUAAUCUGGUGACAAUAAAAGAUGAUUUAACAAUCUGCAUACCUAAAGAUUGUGAAAACAAAACAAAAAUGUGAUCACCAGCUGACUGCAGAUCGACACAUGCAGUUUUUCCCUUUAACAGAGCUCAGUCAACAGGGUUAUGAUAACACAAUUUGCGCUAGAUGAGGUAAUCUGACUAGUACCAUGAUCCCAUCCCCCUCCGUAUGUUAUGUUUAGCUCACUACUAACGUGAUGCAGUCCUAUGAGGCGGUCUGGCAUCCUUUCCGAUCUCCUCUUUGCUGCUGCCCUACCACAGGAUGUUUUCCAAAUGCAGUGGAUAGUUUUUUUUUUCAUGCACAGGUGCAGCCAAGCUCUAUUUGUCCUCCAGUGCAUCAAACCAUACAAUUAAAUUCAAGGGGGAAUAACUCAGUAAGGAUCCAAAGUGCAGGAGAAAGAGCUCACCUCACUCUAUGGGCAGAUUUGGCUCAGUUACUACUUUAUAUGUGCAAUAAAAUCCUGUGAUCUCGUGAUCAUGCUGCUCAAGUCCAGCACCUUGUCUGCACACUCGGUUAUAACAGAUGUCUCAGUUGGAGACGAUUGGAAAGUUGAAGACGCCCAACAUUGCAUUGACAAUGUUGACUGAAUCUGAAAAUAGAAGUGGACGCACAAUGUGAUGACCUCUCCUCCUUCUGACAACAAAAAACUUCCUUCCUGCCAACAGGGGGGCUUCAUGCAGGAAGGUCAGUUUGUUUUGGCUCUGCAUCAAGCAGGAGGGAGGCGUGCUCCGCCCUGAUCGUGAGAAUCUUGACCAGUAGACAGGAGUGUCUUUCAACCGCCAUAACAUACAGAGCUUGACACUAACUUUUUUCACAAGGAGUACACAAAGAACUUUAGGGGCACAAUGAAAAUUGAUCAAAUAAUGUGUGUCUUAUUGGUCGAUAGAAAUGUUAUUAUUUGAAUUCAAUUUUAGGUCUUUUGGUCAUAUGACAUGGAAAAAACAGCCUUUUUAAGAACAUCAACCGGUAAUUUAUUGAUGGUCCCUUAUUCAACACCCGAUGUUGACAGCGAGGAUGCCGAGUAGGUUUAACCACGGUGCUGUUGCUAUUACUGGCUAUUGCAAGUGAGAAGACACUGGUAGAUCCGCAGUGAAUGUUCGUCGAAUAUCCAACCUAAAACUAACUUCAUUGGUCGAUAUAAGUACUAUUAUUUGAAUUCAAUUUUAGGUGUUUUGGUCACAUGACAUGGAAGCUUUUGGUAUAAAACAGCCUUUUCUGAGAACAUCUACUGGUAAUUUAUUGAUGAUCCCUUAUUCAACGCCCAAAGUUGACAGCGAAGAUGCCGAGUAGAUUUAACCACGCUGCUGAUGCUAUUUCCGGUUAUGGAGAGUGAGAAGACACCAGUAGAUCCGCAGUGAAUGUUUGUCGAAUAUCCAACCUAAAACUAACUUCACCGUGGUAUUUACAUGAAAAAAUAUUUGUUGCCUCGGCUAUCUUUUUUUAUGCACACCAGUGUUGUGUUCGUUGACGAAAAUAUAUAUUCAACGCCCUUUUUUUUCCACGACAAAGACGUGAUGUUGACGAGCUAAACAUAAGUCUUAGAUGACAAAAAUGUGAUGAGACGAGACGAACAGAGAUGCAAAAUUCAUGAGCAUUUCGUCAGUCAAACGAUAAACAUAUAUUCUGCAGUGUUGUUUUCGAUGACGUUGACAAAAUAUUUUCGUCAACGUCAUUUUUGUCAACGAAAACAACACUGAUGAAACACAACACUGAUGCACGUGUACAUUUUACAAUUCGCACACAUCUAUUUUUAGUCCCAAAUGCGUGUGAAAUGGUUGCACUGUCGAGCCCUGGUAUACACAACCAGAAUGCUCAGAGGGUAUAAAUGUAGCAUAUUUACAGUGUAUCAUGACUCACAGCAGAGGUGUGCUCGUGUCUUGUGAUGUCAGCCAGACUGUUACGCUUCCUGUUCUCACUGAAAAUAACCAAAACUUGUUUUUCCAGCUGUUUCUUAUCAGUCACAAGUUCAUCUGCUUUCCAACUGUUCUCACACAUCGCCCAGGCCUAGCGUGCAACAUCAAAAGUUGCUCUUGAGAAAGACUUUACCAUAAUGAUAAUGGGACACACAAACAGCAUGUCAGACUGUGUCCAUAGCCAGAAAUCCUCAGGAGACAGACAUUUUUUCUCGACUCUGACUCCAUAUAAUGGGCUUUGCUUACUUUAAACACCCCUCUGCAGUGUGGCAAUCGGUCUUUUGUGAGAAUACAGGCAUAAAGAAACUCACUUGAUCUGUCUUGCCUGGAAACUAGUCCUUAAACCUGGACUUGCUGAAAGCCUGGCCCAGCGUGGUGAAAAUCUGCUGUCAGGACUUUUGGAAGAGAUCUUCUAAUCCCUCUUUUCUUUAUGUAGCUUUCUUCUCUCUGUGCUCUCAUUGACAGUUGGCUCUGUUUGGUCACCCCCUUUAAUCUCGGUACCUGAACAGCUAAGCCAUGACCAACUGAGCUGAAAAGAAACUUGAAUCAUCCUUUCAGAUUUACCUUUUGAGGCACUUAUAUUAGAGUUUAAGAAGAAGGCGUAUCUCUGAAGUAAUUUCUAGUGGUAUAAAACGCACAAGAUACAUAAGUCAGUGUGCCAUUAUGUAAAAUCUGUGUCAAGCAGGAAAGAACUGCCGCUUUACUAUCUCCUUACAGAGGAUAAUAAACCUCGACAGACUGAUAAUGAGACGGACUGUGUUCUUUUUGUCCUCUGUGUAAUAAGGGAGAACCCGGCAGCUUUGACUGUCAGGCCCGUAGUCAACAGGAUCAGCUUCACAUCUUCAGCUGCAGGAGCUCUUAUGUAAUCAGGAGAAUACGUGCAACCGUGUCCCAUUUUUUUGGCCAGAGAGCUGCUUUGGUGUCUUUGCAAAUUAGUGGUGGGCCGGGUCCCAAGGGGCCUCCCAAGUUUCUCUGCCUAAUGAAGGAGUCAGAUAACGACGGGAGCAGCUAUUGUUUCUGCUCAAGAACGACUGUAGGCGUUGUGGCGUGUGUGUGUCAUGACGGGGUGUUUUACAUGCCUGAGGAUUUCACUCCAACAGGUCGGAUACAUGUCAAACAGUGUGUGUCUGAUUUACAUCUUACAUACAUGAUGAUGCACUUAACCUUUACUUACUUUUGAGUCUUUCUGUCAAGGUUAAAGAACAGAAUAAAUCUGAACAUUUUCUCUUUAAAUUGAAGUUUUUUGAAGAUUUAUGACCUUUUAACUCUUCUUUCUGUUUUUAAUCUUAUCACACAAAGGAAACCAACCUGUGUCCCCUGCAUCCUGUAUAAUCUACUGAAAACAUCGUCUCUGUCUUGUCAAUCAAAGGCAUACUUGGCUAACAGGAUUAACUGAUUCUUUACUACACUCUUUCACAAGGUAGCACUUUUCCUUUAGUGUUGUAGAUGAGUUGAUUGUUCCCUCAAAGCCACUUCAGGUGUUGUCGUUGAUAGAUGAAACCAGAAAAGGGGGCUUCCCAUGUUCCUGCAUGUUCAGAAGAGUUCAAAGCCCACUUUAGCACAUGUUGUCGAGGGGACUUACCCUUGUCUCUAUGAAGUCUGGAUCGAGAAAGAGAGGAGAACAGAAACAUCUGAGUCACAAAGAGCUGACUGAAGUCAUGCCAGCGCUGUGGCGUAGAGGUCUGCUCUUGAAUCUGCAGUGCAGUUUUAAGUGGAUUUGGCUCCUUUGGGCUGCAGCCCAGUAGAUUCAAAAUAAGACACCAACAGGGGUUACAGCUCUGAGGGUGUCCACGAUAUAUUUAUGAACAGUGCUGUGAUAUUAUCCUUUUUAUUUUAGUCACAGCUUCUGCAUUUUGAAAAGCUCAGCAUGACAGUGACGGGACUUCAUUUCCUCCUCUGUUCAGACAGUGAGAAAAAACAGACACACACCCUGAGAGACUUUACAGCAAACCACCAGCUCAAAAUAAAAGUCCUCGUAAAAAGAAAAGAUUAAUAUAGUGCUGUGUGUCGGUUUGAGAUUUACCCAACAACAGCAUCCUUGUAAAUGACAAAUACUCAAGGUGUGCUGGAUACAUGCAACUGCUGGUGUAUUUCUCCCUGUAAUAAAGUAAAAAAGAGAGGGGAUAUUAAAGAGGAAUGUUUAAAGGCAAGAAAACAUUUAGAAAAUAGUGAAAUUCGAGCACAUUUUAUUCAAAACAGCUCAACACAGGUUCAGAGUCUAAUGAUAGCAGAGCUAGCACCACCUGCCUUUGGCCCUUUUUGCAGGUUUACAUGGGUCUGCUUAAUAUGCAUCGCUGUGGUUAUAUAAAACUAUUUCAAUUUUCACUGCGAAAAUACUGCAAAACCACACCUGUCUUCUGUGCGUGUUCAUAUCAGCAUGGUAAAACAUCAUGGCGUUGUAGCAGAGGUAGGCUCAGGUAGUGGUGACCUGCAAUCAUGGUUGUUAAAUGAAAGUAUUGACAUAUUGAAUAAAAAUAACAGAAUAAGAAAAAUAUUGAUUAUUCAUUUAACCAAUGAGUAAUUCUUGUGGCAUGUUCUACCUUGGGAGAAUUUAAACAAAAACGCGACAUAAUCUGGUAUUAAUCUGGCAAUUUUGUCGUCUUGGUUCCUUUUUCUUUCCAAGUCUUUACCUGCAUUUUCGUCUAUUUUUUUACAACUUUUAAAUCACUUUUAAUGUUUUUUAUCAGCUAUUUAAUCAUCAAACUGUAAUCAAGUUUACAAACAUUAAUAAACUGUAUAUUUAAAUAUUAAAUUAAAUAAACAAUCAGGUUUGUGGAACUUAAGUCAGUAUAUAUUGAAAAACCUUUCAUGCCUUUUAUGGGAUUUUCAGAAUAAGUUUAGUCACUUUAUUAUAAGCCCAUAUGAGUAGAGCCUAUAUGUUGGAUACACAGGUUUGCAGAGCAAAUACAUCUGGAUUUCUAAACCAUCAGACUCUAAACAGAAGCUAUAAAUGAAUUGUCAGUGUAUUUGCAACACAAAUUUUGUAGAUAACGCUUUAAACAAGUGAGAGGACUUCAGCUAAAAUCAGAUGACAGACCAGAGAGAGACCGGACAUCCAAAAAGGUGAGAAAAACUGAUCAUUUUCAGCUUCCCCCUCUACAGGAGGUCAGUACUGCUCCUCCUCUCAGUAACACCCUGCUGAUGUAAAUCACACUGUCCAGACACUGACCUCUCUCAGGGGAAUCGAGAUAGAUCUCUAGCCCAGCACUCUGGAAAGGCAAAUAAUGUUGAAAGCCUUCCCAUUAGCCUGCACUCAAACUGUACAAAGUCUCAGUAUUCGACCAGGGAACGGCUGCUGAAAGCGGUCAAUAGACGAAUCAGGCACAGUUCAUGUUUGAAUUUGAGGACCUGAUGUGAAAAACAGACGUAACCUAAUUUUCCUCAACGAAAACUUGGUGUUUAUUCUGAAAACACAGAUUAGGAGGGGAUUACAGUCAUACUUGUCUACCCUUGAACCACCUCCAAGCAGCUAAAACCAUGACGGAGCUCAAAAACAACAAAGACCGAUUGUGUGGUUUCACCUACAAACAAAUACACUUACGCUGAUCUAGGACAAUAAACCAGCACACGCUUAUGCUUUUCUUUUGGCACCAAUGAAGACCAGAGUAAUUUACUCUCUCGUAGCCCCAUUAAAAGUUUUAUUAACAUGACGGGCCGCUGUAGUUUUAAUAGAUUAGCCUUUAAAAUGAGUCAAAGAUGCUUGUUACUUCACAUUUUGCCUGAAGAACUCAUCCAGCUCAUGAAGACGGGUUUGAAGAAUGACUGUAAGAUGUAUGCUCUGUCUGCACCUCCCCGGCUCCAUUAGUCUUUCCUCCUAACAAAACCCUUUGAUAUUGAAUACAGUUGAUCACUCAGAGGGUUGGGGCUCGUCAUAUUCCACCUGGGAUGACUUUGAGUCGAAGGAGGGAAAAGCAGGUCAUGAGCUCAGGAGAUUUUGGUGCUUAGAGGAGGUGCUUAGGGUAGUUAUUUGAUGCUAAAGAUCAGAUACAGUGAGUUAUUGUAGUUAAGGGAACUGUUUGAGAUUUGGGAGGGAAGAUGGUUUCUGAUCCAGCCUAGUCUACCUUGCACCAGAGCAGAAUGAAGUAGGGCCGGGCGAUAUGGCCUCAAGUCAAUAUCACAAUAUAUUGAUAACAAUAAAAGGACGAUAACUACUCCACAAGCUGCUCACCCCCUCCCACAUUAACUUGGUCUACUUCAGUCGCCGCUACAACUUCUGAACCGUCCUCCAACUCCUCACCUGUCUUUCCAUCUUUGUUACGGGCUGGAUGGGGUGGAGUCACGUCUCUGACGUAGGACAGCGUCUAUUAGCCCAGCGUCAGCGUCGAUUAUUGUCGUAAAUUUCAUUGUUGGGAAGUUUUCGGUUAUCUCCCAGCCCUAGAAUGAAGUCAGAGAGACUGCAGAGAUUUUUCCAAAUUAUUAGUCAGGCAAGUUUAUUUAGCACAUUGAUGCACACAUUGAUAUAUAAAGCAUUGAUUACAGUGUCAAUGCCAUAGGCCCAAAAUUAGGAGGAUAUAAUUGUCUAAUCUGGUCCUAGAUUCUGCACAUCUGCUGCAGCCGUGCAGAAAAAAUGCCAUGGUACGCCAAAGAGACAUGCUGUUCUCCUCUAUCUAAAGCACCAGAGGCCCACAUGUGUGCACACAUGUGGCAUUUGGGAAGUAUCUGCUCCUUCUAACCCCCCUCAGUCAGUCCUGUUAAACACAGGGAGUAGGCUGGUGCUGCAGAGUCAUGGCCUAGAUUUAUGUUCAGUCAGCUGUACUCCACUUCUCCUUGAGAGAGGAGAGGAAGGACGAGGGAAUGAGGGGAAAGGAAGUCUUGAAGUGGAUUGAGUCGCUUGUUCUCAACACCUCUGAUGAAAAUAUCCCAGACGGGACGCUCUGGGCUCUCUGGUCGCCUGACAGGUCUGGUCACCAGUGGCCUAAUAUUAGACCAGUCCCUGCUCAGCUAAAGGGCAUGCUUUUGUAUUGUAAACAUGCAUUGGUCUACAUACAUUUUGCUAGACACUUGCAGCUGCUGUUGGACCUAUUUUGGUCCAAAAUUCCAGCUUUAAGAUCAUAGCAGAGAAAUGAUAUUUUAGGGACUUGAACCUGAAGAAGUGGGAAUUACAUGCUAUCAUGAAACUCCUGUUGCAAGCAGAAAAGUCCUGUUUUUAUUGGGAGGCAGAAUUCCUGUAAAUGAUAACUGUCGGGUGUAAUUGCAUGUUAAAAAGGCUCAAGAUUACUGCCUCGACUGUAUUUUUGCCUUAGGUAAUGUUUACAAAAACAUCCAUUUGGAAAAGAUGACCAUCAACAACUUCGUGUGCUGUCCCAGACGAGGACUCACGCAGUCGCAGCUCUCUCUAAAUGUCAACAAGGAUGUCCUGAUGAAAAAUGUCAGCAGUUAUAUGACCUGAACCCACUCAUUAAUCACAGGGGGGGUUCAAGAGCAGGAAAGGAUCACUCCAAAGUCUGUGUUCCUUCUGAACUGGGACAACUUUCUGAUGUUCCUGAAAUGAGGUUAAGGGAUGCUGCCCCGUAAAAACAGAAAUAAUAAACCCAGAUGAACUCAGAGAAGUGAUAACCGAUGUCUGGCUUUGCGAGUGCUUAGGUAGACAUCCACAGCUAUUAAAUUAUUGUAGAACAUAAUGUAAGAUUUCAAAAAGUCGACUACAUCAACUCUUCUAUUAAUUUCCUUUUUAAGCAAUCAGCAGAAAUCUCAACCUUACUGGUUUCUAGGGCUGGGACGAUAUGCUUUUCUCCUGAUUUGAUCGUUCUAUAAUUUUUGGAUGCGAUUCUGCGAUAUUGUUGAUUUUUCUCGAUUUUUAGUCUGCACUAAGACAGUUGAAUGACUAUGAUUGUCUUCUGAUUAUUCCAGGAACCAUAUUUCCCCCAAAAAUACACAUCACAUGUAAGGCAGUUUUAAGAUUAAUUCUUAAAUUUGGAAAAAAAAAAAAGGUUUUUGAUCAUAAAAAUCGAUUUAAAAGUUGUAAAAUAAAAAAAAUCAUGAUACUUAAGUGAAUCGAUUUUUUUCUCCCACCUUUACUGGUUUCCAAAUCUAUGUGAUGUUUCUGGGUCAAUCUGGAUCUGACAAAAAUUGAGGAUACAAAGUCAGACUGAACUUGGUCCUCAGCUGUGACAGGGGACAAGAAAACUCGGUCAGUAGAAACUAGAUCAUGUCACCACUUCCCAACCCCCAAAAGGUUUGUGGAGCCAGUUGCUAGUAGCGACGGGAUGGCAUGUGGCUGUGCAGCGUCUAGCUCUGAAUGGCAGCUUGUGUGGCGUCUGAUAUCACCGAGAAGACUUUCACCCCCCACCUCUGGUUGGACUGUCGAAGUUUCUCUUCAAGGUUACAGGCAGCUUCCUAUCAGUAAUUCCUGUCAUGAGUGAGAUGACUUUGGUAAAUGUAACAGAGCAGCAGCGGCAGCCAACUGGCAGAGAUUGUCCUCCUCAGCCAGGCCAGGUGAUGUGAUGAAAGCUGUUGAAAACCCUGACAGAAAGACCUCAGUUCUUACUGACCUGCAUUAACAGAAAGCUGUCUUUUGUCCUGAGCUCCUUGGAUUAGUGUGCUUAAACUUUCAUCAUUAUUAGACACACAUUAGCAGGGGCUUGAUAAAGGAUUUCAUCAGUUUGCAUCAGAUUUAUUUGACCUAUUUCUUUGCAGCGUGUUUUGAUCUCGAAAUGAACGUGAAAAGUUGAGCGGUCAUUCUAGAAAAAUACGUUUUCAGCCAUUUUUACGAUUGUUUGACUCCAUUUUCUAGGCUUGUAGCCUAAUGACAAACAGAAUUUCUUGAUUUCUCAGUAGUAUUAAGAUCACAAUUGACAUUAAAUCAACCUGAAGCAAUUUUAUUAGCAUAAUCCAACAAGUUGUUAAUACAAAAAUAAUCUCCGGUUCAAUGUUAUCUAAGAAAACUAGUUUCAGACAGUUAAUCAGCUGAAAAAGCAUCUUCAUUUUAGAAAUUUUGAUGAGCUUUUACUCCUACGUUGCAACUUUUAAUGCCUCAUGACGUCUUAUAUGAUCUGGAAUUAAAGCUAUCAUUUAUAACAGCCCGGUCCUAAGUGCCAUUAUGAUAAAUGAUGUUUAUCUCAGCCUCCAUUUAAAGUUGUAGUCCUCGGUUGUAAGCACAUGUAAUGAAAACUUUAGCCUCUAAACACACACACACUCUCUCUCACAGAGCCCGGUUUGGCAUGGAGUCUGUGCUUGUUGUUUACACUGCGCUUCCUGUGUGUCUGGGCCCCCUUUGCCCCUCUUACAUCACCCCUAUUCGGCGCAGAAGGGACACAAACGGGGUGAAGGGGCGACGGGUUAGGGGGGUAAGCGAUGAGGUAGUUCAUUAGUCCCCUGGCCCGUCACAAAUGAGAUGCAGAUCCAUUCUCCCUGUGUUUCACGAGUUCCUGCUUUCUUUAUUCGGGGUUGCUGCCCUUUUCCUUUUCCAGUCUUUUGAUUUCACACUCCGGCUCUGUUGUUUCCUCGCCUCUUGUUUGCUUCAUCUCUGUUUUUUAAGGGAAUGUGCUGCAUUUUCUACUUUUAGCCAUGUAGUUGUAAAGUUCAAGACUUCACAGCUGUAAUUUGUAUUUUUAAGUUUCAGUUUUUUCACUCAGGAGUCCGACUGUGCAGCUUCUCCUCUUCUUAUCUGCUCAGCUGAAGACAGAAAAAGUCGUGUUUGGCUUCAUACAUAUUUCAUACCUUGUCCUAUAUAUUUACUCUGCACAGUAUCUUGAAGACAGCAGCUAUGCUCUGGAUGUUGCGUUGAGAAUGAGCUGCACUUGAAAGUUGUGAUCUUACUGACCGAUCACUACAACAAAGAUCAUUGUAUAAGAUAUCAUGACUUCUCUGUAUGUGUUUAUCACUGGAAUGUCUGUCUGUUUGAGUAUCAGGCACUUCUACACGGCCCCUGCUUUCUUCAAGCUCUAGUCAGCCGAAAGCAUCCCUCCCUGAGUUGUUAAUGAGCAAACACAGUCAGAAUGUGUUGUCAUAGUUUGCUUAUUCUGUCAUACAGUGAGUCAUGUGUUUUGCAAGACAUAACCUAUGGUAACAUGGUUGACAACAUCAAGAAAACAGUCUUUCAUUACAAUAGUCAAGUCAAGUUUAUUUAUAGAGCACCUUUAAGAAGACAGCAGUCAAUCAAAGUGCUGUACACAGGAUAAAUAAAAGAAGUAAUAAGUAGAUAGAUAACAAAACAAUAAAAUUAAAAACAGUGGACAGUAAAAGAAUAAAAGCUACAGUGCCUAUGAUUCGUGUGUGCUCGUUUAUGAAAUACAAGGCAGAAAAAAUGGGUCUUUAAGGACAAUUUUAAAGUCUCUAGGGUCUGUGAGGCUCUCAUAUGGCCAGGCAGAUUGUUCCAGAGUCUAGGAGCGAUGUCGAAAAAGCCCUGUCACCUCUAGACUUAAGUGUGGUUUUGGAGGUGUCCAAAAGCAACUGGUCAGAGUGACCUUAAGGCUCUGGCUGGGGAGUGGUGAUGCAGGGGCUCUGAAAGGUACAGAGGGGCAAGACCAUCGAAGGCUUUGAAAACAAUGAAAAGAAUUUAAAAAUCAAUGCGAAAGCGGACUGGGAGCCAAUCGAAGGGUCACUAAAAUUGGGGUUAUGUGGUCUGAAGGUGGUUGAUCGAUGACUUAUCCAAGGAGGUACAGUAAUCUAUUAGUGAUGCAAUAAAGACAUGGAUAGUUUUUUCAAGAUCAGCCUUUGUAAAAUAAUAUUUAGUCUUGGCUAACAGACGGAGCUGGAAAAAGCUCGUUUUUAACAACAGCACUGAUCUGCUGUUGGACUGGUACAUUGUACCAAAGAUCCUAAAUCUCUCCUCCUAUCGUUCUUAUGUGUGUGGUCUAUAAUCCAUUUAUAAAUGCAUGGACUGAAUAUUCAUUCUCUGCUUUACAGAUAAUUAAAUUUGAAGAAGAGCAUUAGUGCACCAAAGAUUUGGCUGGUGACUCUAAUGAGGUAGAACUGAGGAUGCACCACAGGCUUUGCAUUGUGGGUAUUUCUAUAUCAUGCUAACUGUGAAAUUGGAUUUCUGCUGGAUCAUGUUUUGCGUGUUAGUUAUUACCAGCUGUCCCACUUCUAGCCUGGCUCCUUGCUCACUAAUGUCAUCAGCCAAUCUGUAAAGUACUAAAUUCCUUUGUGAUUGAACUUUGGGAGCGAGUGCUUAAUGAGCUUUGCAGAGCCUGUGCUACAUUUCCCCAAAGUUGCACAUAUUUUAUCCAACCUAACAUGCUUUGAGCCGGGAAACAGCACACAGACUGUCCUAAUUACCUGCUGAUUCCCAACCUGCUGCUCUACUUCCACACUGUGCUCAUGCAUGCAUGUCUACAGCCUCCCCUGCAGGGGUUCCUUUAGCAUUUCUGCCGACUUUUACAGAUAUCUUAUUCUAUUGUCGCACUUUUUUUUGCAUGCUAACGGAUUCAGUUGAGCGCCUCGGGCUUUGUUUGACACCAGCAGCCAGAGAGGCCCCAUAGGGAGGCAUGAUGAGCUGUGGUGCAAGGUGACGGUGUGAUGUUGAACGAGUGAUCGCACACAGCGUGCCGCAGAUUCCUGAACCUCCUCUGACCCACUUUGAAGGGUCUCAUACUAGGAGGGGGAAAACAAAGCAACCAUGCCAUGACAUCAUUGCUUCAAGGGGCUCCAAAGACUGAUUUACUGCCUUUUAAAGUAUCUCCAAACCGCCCAGUAAGCCAUAAAUCAAUCCACAUGCUGAUUUAAGCUGCAGUAAUACUAAAACAAGUUUUUCCUCAAAGGCUCUUGGAUUAUUCUUCCUGUCUAAAAAAAAUAAAAAUGAACACAAGGAAUCAAGUAAAAGAGAAAAAUGUCACUUGUGUUUUAAGGCAGAGAGAGGAAUGCUACCAAGCUUUGAAAACACCAACCAAAUGUCCACCGUGUGUGUUUUUCUCCAAGCCAUCCAGUAAUAAGUUCCACCAAAGUGUUUUUCCAUGUUCAGACUCGGUGGACGCCGGAGCAUCUCUGAGUAAGCUGGUGAACAUUGAUUUAUGACACUGAAUAAUGGAAGUGAUGUCACAGAGGGGUGGUCUAAUGGCUUGUGGCUGGAGUCGUCCCCUGGGUGCAGAGCCCUGAGAAAGCUGGAGUGUAAAUAUUGCAAGGAGGAAGUUGCUCUCUGAGGAGACUCGUGCUCUAUAGAUAGACCCCUCUGCUGUAAAAAACAGUUUCUAAAUAAAUGAGGCUGUUUUCCAUUUUCUAACAAAAUGCGGUUAUUUCAUUUCUCAUAAGAACACGAUAUUGCAAAAGUACCUUGAUAACUUGAUUAGCUUAGCUUGGCUCGACUCCUAUUUGUUUUUGUCUUUGACUUCAGAGAGGACACAGAGUCCAUGGAUUGCUGAACAGAUUGUGUCAUUGAAUUAAGUACAUCUGUGCAAAUAUUACUUCAGCUCUCUCCUCUAAAUGUGUCCCAGUGUUGUUUGCAGUAAGAGGUCACUGGGCAAACAGUUUCCCAAAGUUUUGUACCUUUCACUAUGUCAGACCAGGACAGGCACAAGUUUGGGAAACCAGUCUUUAAACUUUGACUUACUCACUUACAGGAAAGUCAGUGUUUGGAUCAGCGUGUGCAGUAGUUAGACCGAUUUACAAAUUUAAAAUGAGCUUUGUGAAGAUUGAUGUUUGUUUGCUUAAUACCAUCAAUUUCUGGCUGCAUUUCUUAGCGCUCAUUUCACCUCAUAGUUUGUCAGUGCUAUCUCAACUCAGCUGUAGGCAAUAGAGAAAUCACAACAGCUCUUGCUUUUUAGACGUUUAUUGAUUUCUGUGAACAAGCGCCAACAGUUUGGAUAAUCAGUCAACUUGUAAGUGAUUAAUUUAACACACAAAAAAGCAAUUUUCUAGAAGUUCAGUAUCCCAAAACAGUUCAACUUUGUUUUUUCACCCAGAGGUAAAUCAAAAUUCAUUGAUUUCAGUGUGGUCUGAAUGAAAGGCUGUCAAAUAUAUAUGUAGUAUUUAUUUUCAAUCAAUCAAUCACUGGAUUUUAGCAGUCAUUUGGGACGUAUCACAUUUUAAAUAUCAAGAUACGCCCACUUGUGUGAUGCGGUUGCUUAGUAACAUCAGUCUAAUUAGCUGCACCUGCAUGUUCUUAAUGAUCAUGACUUUUAUAAUUAUUAUUCACUAGUGCUACCCUGUUAUAUCAGUGUGGUCUGAAAACCAUGACUAAGGUCACAGAUUCAGACAGCUUAUUCUUUAGCGUAGAUUUAUCUUACACAGUCCUAAAUCAUGGUCUGCCCACUGGUGUGAUGCGGUUGCUUAGUAACAUCAGUCUAAUUAGCUGCACCUGUGUGCUUUAGCUUGUAGGUGGUAUCUCAAACUUGAACUACUUAAAGUGGUAUUUUUAUUUCAUUGGACACAAAGUGCUUGUUACUUUAACUUGUUAACUGAGCCCUUUAGGACAUUUAUAAAGGGAAAUGAGUCAUUCAAAAAUACUGCUGUGUUGUUAUUUUCUGUUGAGCUAGCAGCAGCUGGCAGGGGACUAAGAGACAUGCAGCUAAAAACAAUCAUUGAAUUAAUUUCAGAGCUUAUUUACAUCUUGAUAAAAGCAUUUUAAGAACGAAUUAAAUCAGCAUAACUAGUUUUUCUCCAGUCCUAAGAUUAAAAGAAAUGGUCAACCGAGUAAAAAGUUUUCAUCAUAUUUAUCAAUAGCAUAAAUCUUUGGUAGUUGCUCAAACUUUUUCAUUACACUCUUGUUUCUUCACCCGUAUAUCUCUGUUUUCUCUCUAGUCUGGUGGUGCAGACAGUCGGUGCAGAUUGAUGGUGCUCCAUCAAUCAGCCCUUGUUUCAGUCUCUCGCUGUGCAGCGGCAGUCCUCCUCUCCCUCAGCUCCUCAUCCCAUUUUCCUUCAGAGAGUUUCAGGUUUCAUUUGUAUUCAUUGUCAGUGCCACCAACAUACCAUAGUGUGUUACACUCCCAUUCUUUUUGUCAUUGACCGUUGAGAUCACUGUGAUUGUCUGACCGUCGCCCACAGUCCUGUUCUUUGUUGCUCCUGUUCUCAGGUGUGUGAGGGACUUUCUCAGAAUAUGACACCUGUCUGUCAAAACUGCCUCUUCUACUAUCACCUCAUGUGUCUUGUAGCUGUCACAUCUGCCCUGUGAGAGAAUGGCGUUGAAUGAUAAACUCACACACUAAAGUAUUGUUAUUCAGCACCUGAGCAGACACAAUGGCACACCUGUGGCUGUGUGUAGCACCAGUUGUUUGGAAAGAAACCUGCAGGGAUUUGGUCGAUUGUUUCAUAUCAUGUAUCACAGAGAGUCUUCUGUCUUCUGUAAGUGCAGCAGUGUAGAGAAAUGAUGGAGGAAAAACCGGGGGCAAGCAGUUUUAGUGGAUUUAGUCAUGUUUAAAUUAAGUCAUUUGCAACCCCUGGGUGCUUUGUUUUAUGCUGCGUGCAUUUUUUUAAUUUCAGAAGCGAGCAAUUUUAUUUUAAUCUCUCAUCCUUGCCUAAAUUACUGGCUCCAGCUUUUAGCUUUUUCCCACAGAGAUGCAUUUUGUCACUAAAUUGGACUGAACCCACUCCAGCGUUCAUCUUCUCCUUUCAGUUUAUCUCACUACCAUUCCCACUCCCUCCUCCUCCUCUCUCCUCUCUCCACUUGCUGUCAUUGCGAUGUUUUGGCUGCUGUCCCGUUGCCAUGCAGAGACCACAACAAUGGCCCCUCUCUGUCAGAGCACAUCACCGCCCCGGGAAUGCUUAUUUAAUAGUGGCAUGCUUCGACAGGGGAAACACAAUGUCUUGUCUACCAGCUGAACUCUUUCAUGAGCUCAAACUGCUGUUUUCUCUGCGGCCGUCGGGCUUCGUCCGGCUCAGGGUCACCGGCGGCUGCUUCUAUUUCCCAGAGUGAUGAUGACAUGGACUUUCCAAGCCUGCAGCUUAGCGUAGACAAUCUUCGCUUCAAGGCCAAACAUUUCACUGUGUGCUACUAAAUGUCUGUAAUUGUACAGAGCGUGAAGAUGACUUAUUUGUAUUAGCCAGUAGCUGUUCAUGCAAAUCUGGAUUUUACUCAAAAGUCCUAGGGCUGGUUUUCUUGGAGAUCUUUAGACUACAUAGUAGGGCUGUAAUCAACCGAAGAAAUUCUUGGUCGACUAAAACCCGGAAAUUUUCAAGCAAAAAUCAACUGAUUUUGAUUGACGUGGGCGCUCUUCAAUCUCUGGGCUCAAGUGGGUUGGGUGAGCACCCCCUGUGAAAUGGGGGUGCUCCGAAAACACCCCCAUUAACACUGGGUACGUUACUCCUAGUGAAAUUAACCAUAGAUAGUAAAUUGAUGCGGAAAAAAUUGAGUCGACCAAUCAGAAUUUUGUCGAUUCAGCACUUAUCAGGGUUACCAGGUGUACAAUAAUUAUUUGUCUGAUAAUUUUGGCCUCUUUACAAUGAAUAACCCUGAAAAAAUGCUAGAUGUACGAUCAUUUGACAGUUUUGUUUACCACGUGAUGUUUCUAUCCGAUUGCUGUAGUUUGAGUGACGUUUGUUUCCGAAGAACUCAACUCAGUCGUGAAGUCUGAUCACAUGCUGCUGAUGUGGGGCUGAGGUCGAAUGACCACAAAACUGCAGCAACAAAAUCGUGACUGGAAUCAAGUGCCUGUAGGACGCUAAACAGAGGAACUUAAUGUGACUAUCAUGCAACAGUAAGAUUGUUUUUUUGAUUAUGAUGGGUGAACGAUAAUUCUGCCAAAAAUACGAUAAUUUUGAGUCUCUGGUACAGUUACUUUAUAUUUCCCAUCUGGCAUGUAUCGACCAUAGACUGUAUAUAGAAUGGACAGCGUCUGCCUCCUCACUGGGUGAAGCCACUCCGAGAACAGCACCCUCUGUUGAUGGGCUGCAGUAUGGGUCAUAAAUCCCGCCUCCGCCAGCAAAGCUUAUGGAGCUGUGGACAAACUUUAGAAAUUUAUUACACAGAAUUUUUCUCCCCCCUGCUUGCGAUGUUGACAUGUAGUUACUGUAAGACUGGUUUGUGCUCAAGUCCUCUUUUUUCUGUACAGCUCCGUUUUUAAAAGUUAUCAGGGGGUUCAUGUUUUCUAUGAUUGACACUUGAUACAGCCUAUGGGCGUACGAAGAUUGCGUAGCUCACCCGGGGAUACACUGUUUGAGCCGAGCGUCAUCACAGCGACUCUCCCGACGAAUGAGCACAACGCUACUGCACAAUGCUGGUUUCAGGAAAUGAAGAAAAAUCACAGAAAUACCGAGAGCUAUUGGGCCUCAAAUCUGUGUACAGGCGGGAGGCAAAACCAAGUUGUCCAUAGUAUAUACAGUCUAUGGUAUCGACCAAUAAGUCAACCAGGCGACGAGGACUUUACAGCCCUAAAAGUCAGAGGGCUUUCUUGUUUUUUUUUGGAGAUCUUUAAACUACACAGUUGCAUACUCUAUAGAAAGCUAUAAUCAUGCUCUUUUGAGGCUGCACAGCUUUAGUCUCACUGCAUAUCGGCCUUCUUCUUUGCAGACUCUUGAAUAGAGCAGCAUUUGUAGAGUAAAUCUUGAGUGCAUUCACUGUCCCAGAGUGACACCCCCCCACUGUCUGUGUUGUUUUUAGCCCAAGUCUGAAUAAUUUACAGCAUGUUGCCUCCAGUGUUUACCUCCAGAGACUGUGCAGAAGAGUCUGUUCUCCAACAUGGGUUCCACAGAGCGCAGGGGUACAGUGCUGAGUGGACAAAGCCAAGUGUCCCCUCCCAUGAGGGUCUUUGUUUGGCCGUCAAAGCCUGGGCAAACUAAUGUUUGAGCAGGAGAUUCAAGUGCAGCAGCCUGCCAAAUGUGAGUCAUGGUGCGGUGAGUGAAGCCGCUGUCCCAACAAACCAGAACAGCUUUUCUUUUAUCAGAUAACUCCGAAAGUCUCAGACAGCACAGAUGACUCAUGAGCAGAACCGAGCGUCAGUGAAGACGUUUUUUCAGCAAGAAGGAGUUUGUCUUCCUUUCCGGGAAGAUGAUCUCUCUGAUUCUGUUUUCCUCAGCAGCUCAUUUCACCUCAAUAGAAUCAUCAGGAUGCCAAAAAGCAAUUACUGUGUUUUGUUCUGCCAGGGAGCCAGGGCCAUUUGCUGAGGCUGCUCCGUCGAUAAAUCAGUUGUGCAGAGUAGAAAUGGUUUUAGACAUGGAGCGAGAGGAACGGUGUAAUCUCAGCAGCAGCGCAAAGAUAAAGAAACAGGAGACAUAUUUGGAGGUGCACUAUUUCAUGGUGUUGUUACAGCUCUGAUAUUUGACUAUCAAACUGAACAAUGUCCCCAAGAAAACAAUCCCGUCUCUGUGUAACUGUGGCCUCCACCCUCACACUUGAUACAUGCAGCUCUGGAGGAAGUUUACGUCACCCUGGUGAAUUACUUCACAGGCUCAGCCGUGAGAGGAAUGAAGACCAACUGGUCCAGUCCCAUCUCUCUGCGUCUUACCUUUUACCUCACUGUUUUCUCACUUGCUUCUGCUCUUUGUUUUUCUCUUCAACCAGCUCCCGACUCAGACCUAAAAACAAAACCCACAAGGCCCGAUCCGGAGGGGGAGAGCAGCCCCCCGAAAACAGAAAACGCCACGCAGAGGAUGGAGUCGCCGGCGAAGAAAGACGCGGACCGGAGAAUGACAACCCCGACGAAAUCUGACAUCAUCUCUCGAUCACCUGGGUCGCCUCUACCCAGGACGAAAAGGAAGGAAGGUAAAGAAAAAAAGAAACUGUUUAUCUAACUCGUGUGGAGUUUAGUUGCGUAAAAGUUCAAAGUUAAACUCAUCCACACGUGAAGCAGCUCCUCUAAUGGCACCAUUACAUCUGCAGUCAGCUCUCUUGAGGCGAGAUAAUGCUCCACUAUCUGACUAAAAGUGACCACAUGCUUUCAGACGUGAAGCUAAAUCCAAUAGAGCUGCUGGAGUUUAUCUAAAGUGUCGGAACAAACACGGAACAAAAGCUGCUGUGUGGAAACAUCUGAGCUCGGUGAUCAAAGAUUGAAUUAGUUAAAAUAAAUCUGCCAGUAAAAUAUGGACAAAUGAGCUUAUUUGGUAUGUGGCGGGCUAAUGCGGAGCACCGCCAUGCACUGUGCCCUCAUGAGAAGUGGGCAAAAGGAACCCGAUUAGGAACCCCAUUUCAAUGAGCGAUGCCAAGAAGACAUUUAGUUUGACCUGCCUCUGUCGAUAUUUCCAAAGCACAUGAAAACUCUAAGGAGCAUGUUUGAGGGAUUUUGGAGUUUAAGCCUCUUUUCUCUCUCUCCUUUAUUCUUUAUCCAUUAAUCCAUCCUCUGUGGUCAUGGUCUUUAUUCCCUUAGCGUGAGGUGACAGGGAUAACCCCCCUCUAAAGUCCCAAACUGCUCCAAAAGUGUGACAGUACUUCCAGUUUUGAAACUCUGAUGCAGCUGAGUCAUAUAUACCAAGACUUCAUGAUCUCUUUUAUCUCUUUUCUGUUUUAGAGGAAUAAAAAUGCGUAUAGUUGAGCUUGUAGUCUCCAAAUGUAACCCAUGUAGUCCUUCCUUUUUACGCUAGGUUUGUAAAGCUCAUUACUUUUGAGGUUUUGCUGCACCCAGAGGGGAGUGACGAAGAUGGAAAGCACUUUGUGGUCCUUUUUUAAUCAGUGAAAUGAAACAGUAAGGUAGUUCAGCUCAGUUAAGUGGUUUAGUUUGAAGCUUUUUCCCCUCAUACUGAGCUCUUUUUUGUCAAAUUUUAAACAUUAUCCCGUCGAAGCGGGUCAUUUAUUUCUGUCAGGUGAACCUCCUGUGAGUGGUAUAGAAAUAAAACGUUUGUGAAGUCAAAAAGAAACUUCCCUAUCAGCAGAAAAACUCACACUUCAGAUGUGUUGAUACCCUGAACUGUCUCUAAUGUACAGUCAAACAAAAUGACACAGAGCUGACUGGAGGAGUGUGAGAACAGCGCUGAGGCUGACACUGUCUCUGAAGCUUUGUCCAUGUGACGUUAUGAUUAACAUGGUGCUGGUGGUGAGUUGCAAACGGCGUCACAUCACACGGGCCGAGGCUGUUCACAUGGGCUUUACAUAUUCCUAUAAAUAUCAAAGUGGGUCAGAGGGUUUUUCUUAGAGAGGGCUGCAUGGCAGAUUGUUUUCAUGUUUAUGAUUCACGCCUACACCGUAUAAAACCCGGCUGAAGGUUGCGUUCCUCUGUGUUUGAUGUCGAGCAUCUGGUAUGAGAGGACUGAAGGAGGAAGUGUGACAAGAAGACUCAUGAAGGAUCAAGACUAGAGCUUGUUGCUGCGCUGUAGAGAGUUGGGGUAAUACAGGUGGAAUAUAUGUAAAUAUGUAAGUUCACAUGUUUAAUGUAAGUUGAGCAACACUGAGCAGAUCCUCCAUGAUGAAUCAGAUAAUGGUUUCAGGUCUACAGUAGGGAUGCACAAUUUCGAUUUUUUUAUUCAGUGACAACUUCACGAUACUUCACUUUAAAAAUAAAAAUGUUUUCUAUCAUCUCUAAAAAACGAAACCACUGAAAACAAUCUAGUGCACAUGCCAAGCCAGUAAUUGGCGCUGUAACGCUGCUCAGGAAAUGCACAAAAGACAGAGGAAGAGACAGAAGAAGAGCCGCCAUAAAAGAGUUACGCUGUGUUUCACAUAAUCGUUUCAAGUGAGAUGCAGGUAGGCAUCCACACAGAGAUGAAAUGGCAGUCGUUUAUGGAUUUAUACAUUUUCAAAAAGUUCCAUUUACAGCCGUCCAAAAUGCUGUUUCCAUGUGGAUGAAACGCCAAUACGACAAAAAACUUUUGCGUUUACUCCUGAAUUCGUUUCCUUAUGGACGGGUUGAUACCGCUUUCAGACAGACUUUGCAGCUUGGAGUUGUUUGCUCUUCAUCCGAAACUGCAAAUCUGUACCAAUUCCCCACUACUGACUUGCUCUUGCCCCUUUCAGCUUCAAAAUGAUCAUCCUCUUUUGCAAACGACAUGUUUGUUUACACUGGUGUGUUCUUGGAACUGGGGAGCGCUCUUACAGGAACGGGGAGCCUAUAGUGGCCUUGAGGCACGAGUAAUAAUAAAGAGGAAAAUCGAUUUGACGAUUUUACUUUUUAAACGUCAUCAUAAUCAAAUAAUCCGUUUACGAGUUAAAAUCGAUUAAUUGUGCAGCCCUAGUCUACAGCAUGUAUAGACAUAACAUUAAAUCAGCUAGCCUUUUGCAUAGAUGACCAUGUUUAUAUUUUUACCAGGAAGUAGGACUCUACAAACAUCUUGAAAUAACUGCUUGCAUUGCCGCCCCCCUCUGCAUUUCUUUCCACUGAGAGGUUCCCCCUGAGGUAUUUGGAAGGAAUGUUGUGUAUGAGCACACAUCAGGGAUGUCACAGGGAGAAGAGACAUAUGUAAGUGCCCCCUGUAGUCAUAACAGAGCACAGCCGAACAUAAAAAAGAGCAUACACCCACAACCAGAUGGCAGAGGAGAUUUACCGAGCCUUAAACAUCCUGCAGCUUUUAUUCGAAGAAGAUUGGCUUCCACGAAGAUGUUUACGAACAUUUGUUCUUUUUGUUUUCUCUGCAUGUGAAACUCAUCAGUUUUGUUGUUUUUGCAUGACUUUUGAGAUGUUGAGGUUGUCGGUUUCCUGCCAUUGUGUGGUGGCAUUUCCUUGUGGUGGUAUUUAAACGUUGAAUACACCUGCUGCACUUCAGUUAGUGACUGUGAAGAAGACAUUUACAGUUUUUCAGAGGGAAGAUUACCCCCUUUUGCACAAAUCUGUUCUGGAUAGAUGACGGUGCAUUCAGGUGACUUGUAACUUGUAACUAGAGAUACUCUGUGGGAGUCAGUCAUGUCUCAAAUGAAAGGUUGACGGUUUGAUCCCAGCUCCUGCAGUCACAUGUUGAAGCAUCCUUGGGCAAGACAGUGAACUCUAGACUCCUCCUGGUGACAUAGUCAGCAUUUAUGAAUGAGAUUAGCCAACACUGAUAAUCCCCUUCUGCAGCGCCCUCUGCCAUCUGUGAGAAAAUGAAUCUGACAAGAAGUUUAAGAAAGCUUCAGGUGGUCAGAGAGACAAUCUAAGAAGAAUUUGCUUUAAAAGUACAGAAACACUCACCAUCUACCCUAAACUUAAUAAUUAGAAGUUUUUGGCUCGAUCACUUAUCUUUGUAAUCAGAAAUUGUCCUGAAGGAACAGUUUUCAGCGAGGUAAGCUUGCCUGAACAGCUUUAAUUAGUUUCUUAGAGGGUGUUGUCUGUAAUUGCUCAUUUAUAUGGAUCCAAGGGUGAGUCACAAGGCCAAAAACUCUUGAAAGAGAGUUAAUUCCCAGUUGUUUUGGUGAUUAGGAUUGAUUGCACCAUAUUGGUUUUCUUGCUUCAAGGAAACACGAAGAAACAUCAUGAUUUGACUUUUUUAAAUGAAUACUUUUGUGGCCAGGUCUGGAUUGGACCUGAUGUAUGUUUCUAACUUUUAAUUUACACAUGCUGUAUAUUUUUCUCAUCCUAGACAUCAUGAAGUCAGAGGAGAGGCAGAAGCUGGCCAAGGAGCGGCGGGAAGAAAAGGCCAAAUAUCUCGGUAAGCUGACUAGAGGGGUAGAAAGACUUUACCCUUUACACAGUAAGAGAGCUCCCUCUAGUGUUGGGGUGAAAGAGGUUUUUGCUUCAGUUUGUAUUCGUGUUGCUACUGGUUCCAGGCUGCAGAUGGCAUGCACAUGUUGCAAAAGGAGGAGAAAAAUGGUUGUUUGGGUUGCUGAACAUAAAAACGGCUCAAAUGAGCAUAAGCUCAGCCACCAUUUUAUUUUGGGUAAGCAAGCAGCCGGUUUCGAAAUGCAUGCUGCUGUUGGGAUAAAUUGGCUUUUGUUUUGAUUUCAGCACAGCUUUUUUUUUUUGCCAAAGUUUUAGUUCUAACUAUUCCUAAGAUUGAAAAGAAAUGUUGGAGAAGUGACAAAAAUGUACAGAAUUCUGGCGAGUCUUUUAAGAGUCGUUAAUCUUUCUGAUAUCUGAAUGUUUUCUGAAAUUCCUCCCCUCUGAAUUUGUACAGUCUUCUACAUUUAACCCUUUAAAUUAGUUUUUAUCAAGCUGACUCAGUGCCAUAACUGUUGAAAUGUUAUGGCUGCACUUUUCACACUGGUUGGUAAUGCAUCUUUUUCGCUGGAGUCCAUGUGUUGGACACACAUGGCUGUCACAUUGGCUGCACGCUGCUCAUACACUGCUUUGCAUGAUUGACAGUUGCCUCUGUCUUUUCUCUUACCUCUUACCCCUGCAGAAGAGCUCAGCAUAGCACAAGGUAAGCCACUCACCUUUGUGUAUGUGGUGAUGGUGGUGGUGAUGGUGGUGGUGUUCACUUUGACUAUUGCUUCAUUUAAAUGUAUUAAUUUUACACCAGUUUUAACUAGAGCUGGGCAAUAAACCUACUAAAAUACAGAUUACACUAUCUUACAUAUAUCAGGAUAGGGCUGGGCGAUACAGCCUCAAAUCAAUAUCACAAUAUACUGAGCAGAUAAUGAUAAAUGGAUGAUAACUACUCCACAAGCUGCUCACCCCCUUCCACAUUAACUUCAUCAACUUCAGCCGUCCAACUUUUGAACUGUCCUCCAUCUCCUCACCUGUCUCAACAUGGCCUACCUGCACACAUCCAAAUCCAACUUUUGUUUAUUUAUUUAUUUCUUACAACGAAUAUACCGAUAUGGGCAAAAUGGUGUCAGUUGUUGUUGUAAAUUUCAGAAUCGGUAAUUUUUCAGUUUAUUGCCCAGCCCUAUGUCAGCAUGCUUGCUUACAUCUCAUAUGAGGCAUCAAGUAUCAUUUCCUCACAGUUUUGACUCACAUGCAUGCAGUUCUUGUUUGUUUUGUCCAUCAAAACAACACAAAGAGUAAAAAUAUUGAGUUCUGGUCAAAUUGCUCAGCACUAGAGCCGAUUCAUUCAUUUAAUCCUCAUGUUUAAAAAACCUGCUUUGGUAGAGCCUUUAUCAAAGAAAUUACAGCUGAUUGUGACCUCUUUUAUCCAUGAACAUAAUCAUGUUUCAGUAAACAGAAAAUCAUGUAGACAUCAAGUAGACCGAUCACUUAACCAAUCAUGUAUUUGUGCGUAAAUGUUGAUGUAUAUAAGAUCAUAUAGCGUGCCCUGACUCUGAACUUUAUCCAUCCAUAUGCUCCAGCUGCAAACACCGCAGAGCUCCUUGGAUUUUGUAUUUAGAUACAGUCAGACAUGUUUGAACCACAUGCCACAAAACUGCUAUGAUUACCAUCUUACUGCUCAAGAAGCUGGAGCUCAAAAAGCUGCUUGCAGCCAGAUUUAUCUUGGCUGCAAUUUUAUAUCUAAAUAUUACGUGAUUUUGUUUACUCAGACCAAAAAUAGACAUAGAAGGGAAAGUUCCAAUAUUUUUUACCCACUUCUUUUUACAUCCAUAUAAAGUUUCUUGGUUAAACAUUUUGUGAAAAACAAUAUUUUACAACGGUACUUCUUAGAUUCAAUAUAAAAACAAAAUAUUUAUACUGAGUUUGGCUUUGGAUGCUAGAUUAAGGUUCCAGCAAUCAAAUUCAUUCAUAAUUAUGUCAUUUUUCCUCAGAUGUUGCCUAUUACUUUAACAUUUAUACUCUCCCAUGAGCAUUAUGUCUAAUCCAGCUGUGUUUUGGACACACUUUGUUGUGUGGAUCAGCCUAAUUGGGCGAUCACUGUGCACGCCAGAUGGCACAAGUCUGAUAUAAUACUCUGUCAGACCUGGAUAAAAAGAGGAGAUCCUCACAAAAGCUUGUUUUGACUAUGUCAGAUUAAAAAAGAGAUCCUAUCUACCAUCACCAGUGGUGUUAAUAGUCUGGUAGUGAUAUUUAAAGCAAUCUCACACAUCUCGGCUUGUAUCUUGUUACGUUAAAGUGAAGCUUGAAGAGAUGUGUAUUGGGGGACUUGACUGCGCCUGCACAGUAGCUUCUGUCUGGUUGGUUUAAAUACUUCAUGUACCAGAGUUGGAGCAGCGCAGUGCGUGUUCAUGAUUAUUUCAUGAUCUUACUACAGUCGGCCCUGAUGCUACAUGUCAGCACUGAUUACUGUCAGGAAAGGUUCAAGGGAGGCUUAAAAAUACGGUUAGCUUAAGAUAUAAGAGUGGGACAUUUGUCGGUCAAAAUCGAGGCACAGAUAGAUUAAAUUGAUUGUGAUCGAGAGCUGAAACAAGUAUUUUAACAUGUAGAUGUCAGAUCUUACUUUGCACAACCAUAAGUCAACACCUUUGUUGAACAGCCCAGGUGAUUUAAUCCAUCUAUGGACAGACAUCGUCUCGCAAUCUGUCUCUAAACAUCUCGUUUGGAUCCAGUUGCAGCAGUCCUCCCCCCUCUGUUUUCAUCACAGCCCUACAAGUGAAUAAUGGAGCACUUUCCACUGCACUGAACUUGCAGCUCAUCUCAACAGACUCGUAUCACUCUUAGGUAAAAGUACAGCUUCUCUCAGAUUAGGGCCGUGGAGCUGCCAUGAGCUGAGAUACGCACUGCAGCAGAUAUUUUUUUUUUCCUUGCUGCAAGGUGCUGGCAGGCGACGCCUCCUUAUAACUCAGCGUUUUGUUCCCUCCUCAGGAAAAAAAGCUGAAAUGGGUGCCUCCCAAUAAAUUUUUACCCCCGUCGCCUCCAGCAUCUCUGCAUUGAUCCGUUCCCGUUAUCUGAAAUCCACAACAACCAGUUGCUUUUGUUGCAUCAAGCGCUUCAGAGAGGCGGGCUUCACCUCCUUUUGCAGAGGCCGAUUCUUCAUGGAGGUGUUUUCUUUUGUAGUUAAAAGAAAUAUGGUUGCUUGUGUACUCAGAGAAGCAGCUGCUAAAGGCUUCUCUACGCCUUCUUUGAAUGGCUCGGCACAAGAAGAUGAUUUCCAUAUCAAAGUGUGUGGUUUAUUGAAGCUGACGUGGAGGCUUGAUGGUAUAAAAGUGUUACUUCAAAAGUGGUGUAUCAGUCAAACUCAGUACUAAGCGUUAUUGUGUGGCAGGGUCAGGUAAUUUGAUGUAUUUUUUCAAACAGAAAGGACAGAUAAGGCGAUGUAGAAACGUAAUUCUUCAAAGUGAGCGUGUGAAAAAGCCCUUCUACUAACCUUUCAUGCCAUAGUGUCAACAGUGUCCCUCUUUGUCCGCGCUCAUAAUCUGGCAUAAUCUGUGACCGUGUUUUCUGUCUCGUCUUAGCUGCUAAAAAGACACAGUGGCUGGAGAAGGAGGAGAAGGCGCGGCAGCUGAGGGAGCAGCAGCUGGAGGAGCGCCGCAGGAAGCUCGAGGAACAGAGGAUCAAGGCGGAAAAGCGGAGAGCUGCCCUUGAGGAGAGACAGAAACAGAAACUGGAGAAGAAUAAAGUAGGUUUUAACGCUUGAUACGCUGAAGAAAAGUCCAUUCAGUUUGUGUUGUUUCAUAUACCGCUGCGCUGAUACCAAGAUUUAAAAUGUCAGUGCCCUCUUUCAGUGGAAUAACAGCCAAACAGAGUCAGUUACAGAUGAGCAGAUUUGGGAUUUAGCUCAAGGACACAUAAGCCGGACCAGAGGAUUGACUCCAGGGAUUUCAGCUGAAUGCGCCCAAGCUCUAGAUCCCGUAGCUUUAGAUAUUCAAAUCACUGAUAUCUCUAUAACUAUAUUCUUUCCAGGAACGCUACGAGGCAGCCAUCCACAGGUCAACCAAGAAGACAUGGGCAGAAAUCCGCCAGCAGAGAUGGUCCUGGGCUGGAGCGCUGAGCCAGAACUCCAGCCAGAAAGAAAGUGAGUUCAGCGAUGAAUCUGCAGACCUGAAGGAGUCGAUGAAAACCACUCACAAAAUUACGGUUCACAGAGCUAAUACGAGGCUGUUAAUGCCUGAGUUGUCCUUGCCUCAGUGUGACAUACGACUCUUUAAUGGCCACGAAUUCUGUCAUUGUGAGGUUUUCAUUUUUCAUCACUGGCUCUCCAGUUUCAGCCAUUAACCUAUUGAGUCCAUUAUAGAUUAGUAAUUCAAGCAUUCGUCUUCCUCAUGCUCCCUGCUGUCACUAUACAUCAUUAUUACAGAAGCCAAGUGUCCUUAUGGAGAGGAUUUUUUCUCUAAAGGGAAGUCCGGAUCAUCUCAAGGUUUACUGUCACAGAUUUAGGCUGUUUCAUGUUAUCUUUAUUUUUUACGAUCUAUUUUCAAAACAACAUAAAAGAACAUAAAAUUAACACAUUACAUAAACUUUCAUCUGUUAGAGCUCUAAGUGAGUCCCCAGAUGGCUGGUUUUGCUAGAAAUAGUUCACACAAUAGUGAAUCGAAAAUCAUACAAUAGAAAAGAAAUCUUCAUAUUUAAGAAACUGACACAAGCAAAUGUUGACAUUUAUUAUAAGACGCCUUAAAGCUCCUGUUGGGAAUAUCCAGGUUGUGUCAACUUCGGCGCCCCCUGUAGACAAAAUCUCAUCCUGCUGACUUUGACAGUCAGUUGUUGGAUUUAUUUAAUUUUAAACACAAGCUGUUUCUUAACUUGCUUGGUCAACACCUAGCCCCUUGCACAAGUUCCAGGCAUUAAAGUCACGACCGAUAAAUAAUCAAUCAAGCCGCUGAUGGUUUUGUUGGUGUUUGGUUAUCAUAAAAAAGGCGUCUAAAUGAAUUUUGGUUUGUUUGUUAGAGGUGAGAAAAAAAUCAAAUCAGGAGCUUUAGACAUAUAUAUAUAGAAACCAACGUUGAUGUUGGGUCUUUUCCUUCUCUUUUAGUAUCUGGAUGGUUGCUGGAGUUUGGACAUUACAACCUGAAAAUAAUGCACAAUGAUAAAUUUAGCCAAACUCAGUCUUUUCAUCAAUCGUAGUCCUUAAACCGAUGGUUCAGAUUUGUAUACGGUGUUUUGUUUGACAUAGAGACACUGAUGAAUUUGUACCUGUUCGAAAGCAUUGGCUCUUUUUAUUCUGCUCAACUGUAUCUGACUCUGCAUGUGCCCUUUCUGCAUGUUGCACUUCUCCUGGUGUGUUAGCGACUACACUCCUGUUCUAGCCGCCUCGUUGCCUCUUAAGCAUUAUUUCAUGGUCAUUAGCCCCUGAACCUUGCUAGGUUGUAUUGAUCUCUGGAGUUAAAUAUGUAAUCAGCUGCUUUAAUGAAAGCAGAGUUCGGUCAAUAAUACCUGCUGAUGCCAUGAUGUACUUUUAAAUGGUGUACUGCCGCUCUAAAUCUAAAUGUUCCUGGGUCCCUGACAUAUGCCAGAGGAAUUAUUGACUCUUGAAUCAAUCUCUGCCUUCCUUCUACCUCAACAGCCUGUCGUCUGUCAGAUUAGGGAAGUAGAGAAGCAUGAACAAGCGGCUGUGGAAAGGCUGAGAAUUUGGAUGUUAUUUAGGAAAUGCUCCAAAUGCCCGUCUACUGUGCAUCCGUCAAAAGAGCACACUGCCUCAUCCGUUAGACUUGUCUACUUUUAUGGAAAUAAAAUGGAAAUUAAAAUAGAAAGUCCUGCUCUAAUGCUGCUCCUCUAUUACAGUAAUGCUCUCUGAAUCAUUUCUGAUGACAUUUGGGAAAAGAGAAGAGAGCUCUCUUGUUUGCACCGCAUUAGAGGGAUAUAAAAUUGGGAUCGAUACAAGUAUUGCACAAAGAUGGACUUGAGGAGUCAGUGUUUUGCCUGUUUCUGGAGUGCCAGUCCACGUCAUUUACGGUCAGCUCUUUCCAACACUUUUUAUACUGUCGAGGUUUUUUGAGGUGACUUCUCCUGUUUGUAGCUUUAAAAGGAUGUAGUUUAAAUGCUCCCUCUGAGGGUGGUUCGCAUGUUUGUACUGGAACUGAUUAUUCUGAAUUAGACAAAAACCUCUCUUAAUCUUGUAUUUUUAAUGUUAAGGAGAAAAUUAAAAAGGUUAAACCAGGCAAAGUAAACCCACACACAGAAAACAAACUCCCAUCUGUCUCAGUGGAGUUGCUCUGAAUUUAGCUGUGUGCUCACUGUGCUAAAAAAAAAAAGUCACUUAAAGUAUUAAUAAGCGACAAAAAGAUGCCCUGCUUACUUGGGAUAAUAGAAAACCCUCAUGCCAGCACUUUUCAGGGAGUAAAUCAUCAGCAAAGACUGACGCAGAAGAAUGGAAACAGUUUAUUGAGUGUUAUGAGGAUUAUUCACAGUAAUGAGGUCUCUGUUUCUAGAGAUUGAUUUUGCAUUGUUUUUAAGAAGUGCUAUCAGCCAGACUCCCUUGAAAAAGAGGUUUUUAAUCUCAAUGGGACAUUCCUGAAUAAUAAAAAAAUAAAAUGAAAUGAAGAACUGCUUUGGAAUGCAAUGGAAAAAACAGAAAUGUUGGACGACAGGACAGUCGAAUUGAUCCCAGGAUGGGACUUCAGGGCGCUCUGAAGGGCGAUUCAGCGAGAUUAAUAUGAGAUUUGUUCAAAUAGUGACAUUAGGAGGCAUUAAUGCUGCGUUCAAGUUACCUCUAAAGUCAGAUGUCGGAGCUGAAAAUGACGGCACACCCGAGUUACCAGCGUUUCAGUUACCAAGUUGGAAAAAAGCAAAAUCGGAGGCAGAAACAAGAUGGCUACAUCUACGAAAGUUAUUUUAGCGCUUGCCUUGUUCUUGUUAUAUUUGGACAAGGCAAGCGCGAAAAUAACUUUCGUAGAUGUAGCCAUCUUGUUUCCGCCACACUGGUUACUCAGGUGUGACGCCACUCCCAGCUACUACAACUGACUUAAGAGGUAACUCGAACGCAGCAUAACCUCCUUAAUAGGGCCAAUUUGUUGCAUGGCAACAGUGAAGGAGGCUUCUGGAAUGCUGGAUUCUGGAAUGCCAGGAGCAGAAGGCUGUUUGAGGCAGAGGCUGAAACAUGGGUUUUCAAAGACAGCAGCAACAGGCUGAAAUAUGUGGAGAAUCUGCUGAACCGUAAAUCAUGUAAAGCUGCUAAGAAGCUAUGAGAGGGAUGAUGUAAAGUCAAAAACAUAAGUAUAACUCCCCCUCUUAAAGCACCAAGAACAUUCUUACAACACUGAGGAUCUAACUUGUUUGAUAAGCGCAUUAGACAGGGUUCCUACGCAAGUAUGGAAAGUAUGGAAAUACAUUUGAUCAAUUUCCAGGUCUUUAAAAGUAUGAAAAAUAUUAAUGUUUCCAGGCUAUUACCACAGUUCUAAAAUACUGUUUUUAAAAUAGAAAAAGCAGGUAUUUCCAAAAAUAACUCUUAAAAGUAGGGUAUGGAAAAGUAUGGAAAUUCCAACUGUGUAACAACCCUGAUCAGAGACUAUGAUUAAUGUUGCACAUCUUAACCCCCAGGCGAACAAAAAUCCCCUCUCAGUUCUAAAUACAACAACUGAAAAUCAAAUAAAGAUGAAGAGAAGAGAGAGAGUGACCAAAAAAGUCACUCAGACAUAUGACAUAUCAUAUUUGACACUUGUUUUAAGCCUGUUGGUGUAUAUAAAGAUGCAGAAAUGUGCUUUAAUCAUGGCCACUCAGCUCCCAAACACAUAUUGUAGUUUCUCUUCCAGUGUGUGGGUGUUUGUUUGUAGAGGCAUGAUUCAAGCGUAACACAUGACGCCACAGAAGUUCCCCCUCCUCUUCCUCCUCUUCCUCUCAACCAAUAUGACCUGUGUGAACAUCUGUGUGGCGCUCUCUUGGCUCUCUAGGCAGAUGCUCUUUGUCGACGGUCAACCUGCCCAAACACGUGGACACUGUUAUAAACAAGCGACUGUCCAAGUCCUCCGCCACGCUCUGGAACUCCCCCAGCAGAAGUAAGGAAACAUCUGGAAUGACCCCCUCCUCCUCCUCCUCCUACUCCUCCCGUUUAAAUGUGUCCAUCACUCUGCCACCGCCAACACCUCCGAAUCCGUCCAUCAUCGUCUCCUUUUAUUUUUCAGUUCUUCCCCUUUCUGAUUUCAGUCCCUCUCUUGUGCUUGAUGGUUGACAGCUGACCCAUUUCCAUCUUCCAAAACCACUGAGUUCCUUCUACUCUCUUAAAUUUGGGUCGGGUCCUUGGUUGACAUGCUCUGCAUGCUCGUGUUGUAAGAUGGGUUAUUUAUGGUCUUCAUUUUUGGUUUUGUUGUCUUUUUUCUGUCCUCCGACUGGUUCAUUUUUGUGUUUUUGCAUCAUCCAGUGGGUCCUUCUGUGCUCAUUAUAUCAUAACAAGCCUGAUGUGGGAUGUCUUUUAUAUUGUGUGGAAUGAUUUCUUGAUCUGUGGUCAUGGAGAGCGGGUGUUUAAAUCUUUCUGUCUACCUUUCAGUCAAUGUUUGUCACUUUUCAGAUACAUGCAGCUCCUUUUUUUAGGUCGGAGGAAGUUAACCAGGUCACAGUGUACCUUUGCACAGGAUGAGAACCGUCUGAGUUUGAAAAAAGUAAAAGUUAGUGAGUGACUCAGCGUUUUUCCGAGGAUAAUUUAUUCUCCAACACUCCCUGCAGCAGGUACCGCUCCUGUGCUGCUGGAAAAAAAUAGAUAGGUGACAACUUCAUCCCUUUUAUUGUUCUCCUGUUCGCUGCUAUAAAACUCAGAGGCCUGUCUGUGAAUAUUCAGUCAAACAUUUUCUACACCUCAGGGUCCGAGAAGAAGGUGCGUCCCCCUAAAAUUAAAAAAAAAAACAACUACUCUCUAUUCCUCUUCUUCUCUGUUUGUAAGCUCAAGGCUGUGGUUAUAAAUAACUGACUCAGUGUCUAGACAAGCAUUUCAAAUAACUCUCGCUCUCUUGGGUGGUACUGCUGCAGCCCAAGGUUAUAGCAGACACAGUUACUGAGCUCAUUUGACUCUCUUUGGGUGGCGCUGACGUGUCUUACUGGGAGUUUGUGAAAUUUGUUGGCUCUUAAUGGCUUGUGGGCAUAUUGGUGCAUACAAACCAUAAUCUGGUUCUUUCUUAUUUCCCCUCUGGUAACAAAUCAAAGACUUAACUUUGUUACUAAUGAAAGGUCUCUGCGAAAAUUACACUAAUACUUGGACAUGAUCACAGUUUUGGAUGUUGUAGACUUUCGGCAAAGUCGUGGUAACCCCGGGGACAUCCAUUUCAGAACCAAACAGAAAACAUGUUUUCAUGCUUUCUUUGUUUUUCUCUCCUGCAGCCCGCGGCCUUGCAUUAAGUCCCUGGGAGAGCAGUAUUGUCGACCGGCUGAUGACACCAACGCUGUCUUUCCUUGCAAGGAGCCGCAGCGCCGCCAGUGUCCUCAGCAACGGCAAAGACGGUCGUAAGUUGAAAUAAAAACAGGGUCACUUUUUGUUUUGUCGUCAUAAACAUCUACCAAUUGAAAUAGUAAAUCAUUUUCCUGCCUUAGACUCUCCUCUUUGCCCUCGUUCGGCCUCAGCCAGUCCCCUCACCCUGUGCGCCCACCAGCCUCACCACCGCUGCUCCGACCGCUGGAGAGUGACAUCCAGCACGCCGGAUAUCACCCAGCGCCAACACAGACGCAGCUCCACACCUGUAAGUCAGCCUCAUGAGCCCACAUGUAGUCUUCUGAUGUCUUCAGAUGUAGUCGUCAAACUUUGUUAAUAUUUUAUCUCACUUUCAUACAGAUGGACAAAAACAAGAAAGAAAAGAGAGAGAAGGACCGGGAGAACGAGAAGGAGAAAAGUGCCCUCAGUAAAGAGAAGGUGUUGAAGAAGAGACAGUCUCUACCCAGCAUGAGACACAGACCUGAUCCAAGGUAAAAUAGACACCUUAUUUAUCCUUUUUUUAUCUUUAUUUAAACACCAACUUCAUAACAAAAUGUAAAAGUUACUUUUUGAAGAUUGAAAAUCAAGUAAGCUUUGCUGUUCUGCCUUUUUUUAUUUAUUUGUGCCAUCUAAAAUAUUUCUAAUGAUAUGUAACAAAAAACAAACCUUGGCCCCCAACUUAAAAAAAAAAAAAAAAAAUAUAUAUAUAUAUAUAUAUAUAUAUAUAUAGCAUUGCUUUGAGCAGCUGUAUGAUACUAAAGAGGAUUAGGGCCACAUGAAGAGAAAAAAAAUAACAGGAAGGAAAUUAAAGUCAAAACUGCGAGAUUAAGAAUUGAAAUCUCGAGAUUAAAGUUGAAAUUUUGAGAUUAAAGUCUUAAUUUCUAGACUUAAAAAAUAAAAAUUAUGUCAAUAAAAUCAAAAUUUCAAGAUUUAAAAUCCAAAUCUCAAGAUUAAAGUUGAAAUUUCAAGAUUAAAAAUUUGAAAUUAUGUCAAUAAGGUUGAAAUUUUGAGAUUAAAAAUUGAAUUCUCAAGAUUAAAGUGGAAAUUUUGAGAAUACAAAAUGUCAAAACGUCGUGAAUACUGUCAAAAUUUCAAGAUUUAAAAAAUUAAAAAUUGGAGAUGAAUGUUGAAAUUUCGAGAUUUAAGUCAACAUGAAUGGAGUCAAAAUUUUGACUUAUUUCAAUUUUGACUUUGAACUCAAAAUGGAAAUUAAAAACAUCUCUUUUUUUUCUCUUGUGGCCCUAAUCCUCUUUAAUAGUACUGUCGAAAUGUUGGGGAAGUCUGACACAUCUGCUGUUUUAAUAUUAAUACUGACUUUGCCCUGGAAACAGUAUUGUAAACAGCGUUCACCUCACAUUCCCCUUGACCCACGGCCACCAUGUUUACGUCUGCACUACAAUGACCUCAUAAUUGUGCUCUGAGCCUUGGCAGUGAGUGAAAGGUCCCGGCACAAGUGGUCAUUUCCUCUCUUACCCUCAGGCUGCUGAAAUAAAUGACAUCCCAUGACAGGAAAGAAGAAAUAGGAGAAAAAAAGUUCUUUAGAUUCAAUAAAAAGGCAACAAAGAGCUUGGCGGAGCUGUCAGUGCCCGAGGGUUAGAGAUAAAAAAUGUUCAGUAUAAUGCAUGUUCUCCCUCCAAGUGUUGCAGUGCCUGUGUGUAGCUGAGCGAUAAAGCACCCAGCGGAUGACGCAAUGUUUGAGCACUUCAUCUGCUGAGGACAGGUUCCUUUAGGACGUUUGUGUUUUUACAGUUUUCAUCUAGAAAACCACCAUCUAUGUUAAACAACUGUUGUCCCAUCAGUUUUUCAUUGUGCCCCCUUUUUUUCCCACUCUAGUCCCAGUCCUCUAUCAAGACAACGGCCUUCAUCUCCAGCUACGCCUAAGGGCAGAACUGCCUCGCCCAGCCCUGCUGCCUCCCCCAAGCCUCCAUCCUCACGUGGAAGCCCAUCGACUCCUAAAAGUCGGCCCAAGAGAGCCAGGACCCCUGCUAGGAUAGACCACCGUACAUCCUCACCCAUCCCACUUGAAAGAGUGAAGGAGCCUCGCAGGUCUGCAACACCUGAGGACAGAAAAGGUGAGGACCGGACACAGUUUUGGCGAGUCUGUGGGCACAAAUAGAUUGAAAGGCUGAGUGAGCGGUUCGAUGUUGCGUGUUCUGCUUGCUUCUGCUGUUCACACAGACUGUUUAACCUGUGUACACUAAAACUGAGAUUAGUCAAUACUGCUGGGAGUACAAAUGGACAACAAACAGAAACAAGAGCACCUCUGAGGCUGAAAACUUAGACCCCUCUUCAGAGACUUUGUAAAGAAAGUUUUCAAGAUCGAUCUUUAUUGUUCGUACUUGAAAGUCUUGUUUCGUUUUGUGCAGACUGAGGAGAAUACAAAAAUAAAGAACAACAGAUUAAAGUUUCAUGACUGGGCAUCUGCUGAAGAAGAUCAUCAGAAGAAGUAGCCGUCAGUUUUAGUCAUAGUUAUCUUGCUGUGUGUUUUUACAAUCUGCUGCACGAUGUUCAAAAUUCUUUUUAUUGAGUUCUCCUUGGAUGUCUUUCAACAGCGAAUGUCAGGGCAAAAGGGAUUCACUUCAACACCCACCCAAAAAUAUAUAUAUUUAAUAAUAAUAACAAUAACAAUAAUUAUAAUUAUUAUUAUUGUAAGAAUAAAUAAAUAAAUAGAUUAGAUGAAUAAAUAACUGUCAAAUCAUACCAAAACAAUGCAAUUUUAAUAAAAUAAGAAAACCAUGUAAAGAAAAUAAAAAAUAAAAAAACAAACAAAAUUGAGUAAAAAAUAAUAACAUUUAAAGAAAUAAAAUAAUAAUAAUAAUUAUAAAUAAAUAAAAAAUGAUUGGAUAAAUACAUUGACAGAUAGAUAUAUGGAUAGAUAAAUUAAUACACUCACCGGCCACUUUAUUAGGUACACCAUGCUAGUAACGGGUUGGACCCCCUUUUGCCUUCAGAACUGCCUCAAUUCUUCGUGGCAUAGAUUCAACAAGGUGCUGGAAGCAUUCCUCAGAGAGCUUGGUCCAUAUUGACAUGAUGGCAUCACACAGUUGCCGCAGAUUUGUCGGCUGCACAUCCAUGAUGCGAAUCUCCCGUUCCACCACAUCCCAAAGAUGCUCUAUUGGAUUGAGAUCUGGUGACUGUGGAGGCCAUUUGAGUACAGUGAACUCAUUGUCAUGUUCAAGAAACCAGUCUGAGAUGAUUCCAGCUUUAUGACAUGGCGCAUUAUCCUGCUGAAAGUAGCCAUCAGAAGUUGGGUACAUUGUGGUCAUAAAGGGAUGGACAUGGUCAGCAACAAUACUCAGGUAGGCUGUGGCGUUGCAACGAUGCUCAAUUGGUACCAAGGGGCCCAAAGAGUGCCAAGAAAAUAUUCCCCACACCAUGACACCACCACCACCAGCCUGAACCGUUGAUACAAGGCAGGAUGGAUCCAUGCUUUCAUGUUGUUGACGCCAAAUUCUGACCCUACCAUCCGAAUGUCGCAGCAGAAAUCGAGACUCAUCAGACCAGGCAACGUUUUUCCAAUCUUCUAUUGUCCAAUUUCGAUGAGCUUGUGCAAAUUGUAGCCUCAGUUUUUGGUCUUAGCUGAAAGGAGUGGCACCCGGCGUGGUCUUCUGCUGCUGUAGCCCAUCUGCCUCAAAGUUCGACGUACUGUGCGUUCAGAGAUGCUCUUCUGCCUACCUUGGUUGUAACGGGUGGUUAUUUGAGUCACUGUUGCCUUCUAUCAGCUCGAACCAGUCUGGCCAUUCUCCUCUGACCUCUGGCAUCAACAAGGCAUUUCCGCCCACAGAACUGCCGCUCACUGGAUAUUUGUUCUUUUUCGGACCAUUCUCUGUAAACCCUAGAGAUGGUUGUGCGUGAAAAUCCCAGUAGAUCAGCAGUUUUUGAAAUACUCAGACCAGCCCUUCUGGCACCAACAACCAUGCCACGUUCAAAGUCACUCAAAUCACCUUUCUUCCCCAUACUGAUGCUCGGUUUGAACUGCAGGAGAUUGUCUUGACCAUGUCUACAUGCCUAAAUGCACUAAGUUGCCGCCAUGUGAUUGGCUGAUUAGAAAUUAAGUGUUAACGAGCAGUUGGACAGGUGUACCUAAUAAAGUGGCCGGUGAGUGUAAAUAGAUUAGAUGAAUAAAUAAAAAAGUAAAAACAAUGCCAAGAUCAUACAGAAUUAGAUUAUACCAAAACAAUGCAAAUAAAAUAAAAUAAAAUAACCAUAUAAAGGAAAAAAAAAGUAAAACAAACAAAAUAGAGUAAAAAAAUAAUAAAAUUUAUAAAAUUUAAUAAUAAUAAUAAUAAUAAUAAUAAUAAUAAUAAUAAUAAUAAUAAUAAUAAGAUAAAUAAAUAAAGAGACAAAUACAAACACACAGGAAGGGACAACAAUGCAAACUCCCAUCCCGACAGUGAUCUGCUGUCCUAUUUGGCCCUGCCCUGUGUUUCAGUAGUUGCUGGUCGCUUCCUCCCUCUCUGCGUCAUACAGUAUUAUUGUAUUCUGUUAUAAUGCUUCUUCACUGUCUGGCUUCGUUUCUCCUGCGACCGGCCAGAAGAAAAGAUCAAAUGGAAAAAGUGAACGAGCGUCUGGAAAAUCUCUCUCGCUUCAAAGAGCCAAUAGGCAGAGAUUACAUCAGGCUUAAUUAUCCAUGCAAAUGUAUUUAGUGAGCCACACACACAGCUUCAUGGCCCUGCGUCUUGUCGCACAAAGCGCUGAGAGGCUGCUCUAAUCAGCCUUAAUUAUGUAAUUACCGACUUCUGAAGCUGGGGCUGUUUACGUUUUCUAGUUGCUGGGGACGAAAUGUUUCAGAGUGCAUGUGGAGAGAAAAGGCUGCUGUUGAAUGUUUAUUAAUAAUGAUGGAUCGGUCUCUGUACAGGAUCUGAGGGUUUCUGUCUCUACUGUAACAGCUGUCCCUCUAUUUUUUAGGCUCUCCUCUGGUUCCCACCAUCGUAGUUUCCUCAGCUGCUGCUUCCCCCAAUGCACCAAGCUCCACAGUCACAACCACUGCAGCCUCCUCCUCCUCACCUGAGCCAGUGCAUUCAUCUCCCUCUGUCCCCGCAGCGUCGCCCGCACCCUCGCCAUCGGCCAAGCCCAUGGCAGGGACAAACAACCCGGAGGAGGCGGCUCGCAUCCUGGCGGAAAAACGCAGACAGGCCAGAGAGCAGAGGGAGAGGGAGGAGCAAGAGCGGCGCGAACAGGAGGAGAAGGAGAGGUCAGUGGAUAAUAAAAAUGCCUCAGAGCGUGUGCACAGUCACUGCUCAAAUGAAAAAAGGGACUUUGAGCACAUCUGUGUCCACACAGAGGGAGAGUCAUUCCCAAGCUGUGUUUCUAUUCGGGGAAAAUAGGCGAUGCAUUUUCAGAUGACCGACCCAGUCAGAGGUUUUAUAAACGAGGACUACAGGAGCCGUCGUUGUAACGUACGCUACAAGUCAUUCACAGGCUUUCAUAUGACAUUUACACGAGGCUAAAUAAUGUAGCCGUUUUAAUGUCGCAUGAUAAACUUCACUGAGGACAUUGAAACGUUUCCACCGUAAGAAAUGACAAAUGUGUCUGUCAGACUGAGCAGGAAGUCUACAUGCAUUUUCACCGCACAUGCAUAUCUGAAUAAGUCCUCGCUCAACACUGGCCACGGUGUGUGAACGCAUUAAGAAUCUGAUAGCCUGUUGACUGAGUCCUACCAAAACAAGUAUGAGGAUUAAAGCGAUCCCCUGUCGACACUCAUACUUCUGUUUGUUUCCAUUCCCUGAAAUAGUUUCCGGUUGCCGGUGCCUGAAGAGGAAAAGUGUCAAAUGAAAUAGAAAUAUCAAUGUAUUUUUGUUUGGUUUUUCCAUCUUUCCCUCUUUGCAGUCCCAACAUUAUAACAGCAAACCAACAGCUGUCCAACAUGAGUCUGGAUCUUCUAGAGGUUUUGUUCUCUAGUGCUUUAGUGCUUUACUAAUAUAUUAAGAUGUAAACAUAUAAAGAGUAAUGCUGCGUUCAAGUUACCUCAGAAGUCAGAUGUUGGAGCUGGGAAUGAUGCUCGACCGAGUUGUGCAUUCCAGCUAACAAGUCGGAAAACCGAAACGGACGCCUACAGUUACCCGUUUUUAGCUGUUGUUUACAAUUGUCAGCUGUUGUUAGUCAUUGUCAGUUGUUAGCUGUUGUCAACGAUUGUUGUUAGCGAUACCCGUUGUAAACAACACAUAACACAGUAUUUUACUCUACAAACACCAUAGCACCGUGUUCACAGUUAGACAUUGGGCAGUACAACAUAUACCACUUAUUUAAUUUCACAAAAAUAAAACAGAAGUGCUAAUAGAUAAUACAUUACGAGAGCUUUCACUUUAUUGUUGAUGCACUGCACUGCCAUCUUGGAUUAUGACGUUGUCGUCAAGUCGGAGUUGGCGAAGAUCGUCCGAUUUUCUGAGUUGGAAGUGCGACUUCAGGGAGGCGUUCCAUAUGAAUUUCCGAUGAGCUCGGAAAUUCCGACUUCCAAGUAAAACUGGAACACAUCAUAAGAGCUAGACCUGCUUCUCUGGUCUGGAGAUGAGAUUGCUUGUGCUGUAUGUUUGGUAGGGCUGGGCGAUUAACUGAAAACUUACCAAUAUCAAAAUUUAUGACAAAAACCAACGUCAUUUUGCCCCUCAUUGGUAUAUUAGGUGUCAAAAAAUAAAUAUAAGUUGGGUUUGGAUGUGUGUAGGUAGGCUAUUGUCUCAUGUCCCUUUAAGACGAUGUCUUACAUCAGAGACGUGACUCUACUCUAUCCAGUUCAUACUAAAGAGGGAAAGACAGGUAAGAAGAUGGAGGACGGUUCAAAAGUUGUAGCGGCUGGAGUGGCAACUGAAGUAGACAAAGUUAAAGUGGGAGGGGGUGAGCAGCUUGUGGAGUAGUUAUUGUCUAUUUAUCCUUAUCAAGGUGAACUGCUCAAUACAUCGUAAUAUUGAUUUGAGGCCAUAUCGCCCAGCCCUAAUGUGUGGGCAUGAUGCACUGGAAAAAGCUAAACCUGGGCCUUUAUUUCUAAUCUCUUUAGGAUCCUGAGAGAAGAGCGAAUAGCAAGAGAGGCAGAGGAAAGACGAAUCCGGGAAGAAGAGGCCCGCGCCAUGGCCGAGGAGCAGCGCAAGAGGGAUGAAGCCCAGCGUCUUCAGGAGGAGAAGGAGGCUCAGGAGAGAGCCAAAGCCGAGCAGGAGGAGAAUCUCCGCCUGCAGAAGCAGGUACGCUGACUUUUACUGCCCAGCACAAAGAUAUAAAAAGUGAGGUGGGAGUCAUUGGGUGAUAAGGCGGCGCAGCGGACGGGCUUUGUGGGCUGAAGGUACUCAUAAGGGCUCCAAGCUGUUAUGGUGACAAGGACCAUAAAGCUACACUGUAAAAAACGAUUGCUGCCUUUCUGCAGGAAGGUCAAAACACAUCCAUACAAGUACGCUGCAGCCUGACAUUAUCUCCAGGCACUUUGUCGGUCACACCGCAAACUUACACGCUCACUCCUGUACUGAGCAAACACUCUGUUUGGAAGCAUUUAUCUUGUUUACUGUUUUAGCUCAGCUCAGUGAGUUAAUAACAGGGUAUGUUCAGAAACAGAAAUUUCAGGGCAGGUAGUUUCAGACGUUGUUUUCCUUGCAGGUAUAAAAAAAAGAUGCUGGUAACCUGGUACAUACAAUUAAAGUGGCCUUUUGUAUUUUAUUGUUUUUCCAAUAGACGUCAUAAGAUGAUUUGUCUCUUCCUGUACUGAUAAAAGUCGAUAAUGUUGCUUUGUUAGUGGAAAGAUUUAAUAAGAACAUGUUGCUUUUUAUCACAGUCCUGUAAACCUGCAGCCAACCUGGACCUGUCCUCUCUCUUUACACCCAGCUCUUGCUCUUUGCCGCCCCCCUGUGGUCUCUCACAGUACAUGCUCUUGCGGUUGGGCAUGAUCCAUCACAGUUAUACAAAGGCAUAAUUAAGCAAGUAUUGUGUUUCCCUUUGAGUGGUUUUUACAAGGCAGUGAAUUUUGAAAAUAGACCUUUUUUGGCUCUGAGACACCCUAAAAAAAAAUUCCUUUUGUGGCCGUAAACAAUAAUUGCUGUGUGCGACCACACCCUUGUUACGUAGAAGGCAUGUUAUUUUGGCUGAGAUCUUUUCUCUCCCCCUGUUCUUCUGGCAUUAAAAUUAGUGGUUGAUUCUCACCCGUGUGUGUGUGUAUAUGUGUGUGUUUUCAGAAAGAAGAGGCUGAGGCUAAAGCCCGAGAGGAGGCAGAGAAGCAGCGUCUGGAGAGGGAGAAACACUUCCAGAAGGAGGAGCAGGAGAGGCUGGAGAGGAAAAGGGUAGGGCCACACAUCUGUCCUCCCAUCAGUGAUGCUUCAACCAGGAUGAAAAAUCACCUUUUUAGGACUGAAAAUGCACAUUUUAUGAGUCCUCUCUGAAAGAUUGUAAAUUAGGUUUUCUAAAGAUCCUCGACUCAACUUUUAAAAUGUCUAAAUUGAUUGAUUUGAAGCAGUAAAAGUCCCAGCUCAUCUAGUCUCCACUGCAUACAUCUCAGAGUAACACAAAAUUAAUUCUGCACUCGUUGUACAAUAACCUCUCCUCCCUCAAUGAAGGUAUCAUAUUCCCAGCUACAUAAAUCAGUGGUUUGCCUCCUGACAUGACAAAAGCAGGCUUGAAAGUUGAGUCCCUGAAACCAUGAUGAAUGAUGUUUUUGGCUUAUCCAGGAUUGGCUGUCUGCAUGCCACCAUUUAAUAGGGCUUAGGCCGAGUGUGCGUAUGGAGCUAUAUAUAAACAGCAAUAAUGGGGGCCUUGCUGUGCCAAUCUUCUGUGUGUGUGUGUGGAUGUGUGCAGAUCUAUGUGUGCUGAUGUGUGCUUGGUGACCGUGACCAUCCACUCCAGCGUACCACCCACAUCUGCCCGUGUUUACCGGCUAAGCCUUCCUUUCCCUCUCCUCAUCUUCCCUCCAUGUGUGAAAAGCUCUUAUCUGGAGGUGCCAGGCCUGGUUCACACAGCCUUAGCCUGGCUCUGUGCCGGAUUUAGCCCUCAAGAACAGCAUGUCCUCUGCACUGAUGGCUCCCUGCUUACUCACACUUUUUACAAUGCAUUGUUUUUUUCAGAUUGACUGAUGUGUCCUAAAUCUAACCGGCCCUCUAGUAAAGAGGACUUUGCGGUCUGCAAAAAAAAAAAAAAGGAUGUUAAGUCUGUCCUCAUUGGCACCAAAUCCACCAGACACAACAAGAACCCUGUAGCUUAAGGCAGGAGUUCUGCAGCUGAGUUAGUUUCCACCAGUGUGUGAGCUAGCCAUGAAAAAUCUCGGGUCUUUAAAAUGUUUCACUUUUAUGAGUGGCAGCUGCAGUUCUGGCCUCUCUGUCUCUGGCUAGCUUUGUCCUCAGAUUAUGGUCGUCAUCUCCUGUCAAAUCCUUCCCCUCUGUGCAAUGCGCUGCAAAGACUCAGUGUUCUUUGUUCGAGCAUCCUACGCUGACGAUCCAGCUGAAAACACAAGUGCUGCUUCACCGUUGUUGACACAGAGCCCCACCUGGAGUCACAAGAGCCUCUCUUUGACUCUCUUCAUUUACUCCGAGCACAACUGCCUGACAGUCGAGCUUUUUCAGCUGUAAAGAGAGGUAAUGAGCAGUGAAACAUGAGCCUUAAUAUCACAAAGUGUGUGGGCUCAGUGUGGUCUGAUGCACCAAACCAUUACCCUGUUAAAAAUGUCGUUUUGGUGUGAAUGUGGCAUCAAUUACCCUCCAUAUUUGAUUCUUGUUGUGGAAAAUAAUGGUCGCAUUUCUGAACCUUAAAAACACAUUUGUCCCGGUCUCUUCCUGUGUCCUCAAACUCGUCCCGUUUUUGCGUUUUCUUCUGUGAAGCAUUUCUUUUGUCUUACUUUGCGCUUGUUUUUUCCUCAGCGCCUGGAGGAAAUCAUGAAGCGGACACGCAAGACAGAUGCAGGAGACAAGGUACAAUUUCCUAUUCAGUUUGGAAUAAACCGAUAAACUGAAACAGAACUUACCAGUUUAAGUAACCGGUACUUUCUGACAUCUUCACAGAAGGAGACAAAGUCCUCACCGCCCACGAACGGCAACGAUGCAGAGAGCAGCAAAGGUGAGCUGAAGUUCAUGUUACAGAAGAGACAGAGGAGAAUCAGAGCCUGUAAUCUGCAGGAUCUCCUUUGAGAUCAGCUGUUUUCUCGGGUCCACUCAAUAACACAUCCACAUCUUGCACUGCAUGUGUUCUCAAUCUCAAUGCAACAGUUUGUCCCACUUGGCCUGAUCAGUCCAGUCCAGUCUAGUUUAUGUCUCUGGACCUUCAAGAUGUGUUCUGCAGAUUUUUCUCUAUCGUCCCUUUGCACAUCUUUAAAACAACAGUUAAUAUACUAUCUUAGAUGAUAUACAUUGCACACCCCAAACUACAUUCUCCAUAUCAGACUGCACAAGAGCUCAACCAAAGAAAUUCUUGGUCGACUAAAACCCUGAAUUUUUGACCAAGCAUUGACUAAUCCAGGGGGGCAGCUUGGCGGAGCGCAGCUCGGCCGAUUUCUUUGACAUGGAUGGUGGAGGAGGACUCACAUGAAAGUUGAAACACUCAAAAUAAUAAGUAAAUAUUCAGUAAACCACUAGACGUUGAUUAACGUGGAUGCUCUUCAAUCUUCCUGUCUCCGGUGGGUUGGGGGAAUCCAAAAUGUAGAGAACAAGGGGGGUGUUCUGAGACAGGCUGUUACCUGUAAAAACGAAGGUGUUCUGAAAACACCUCCAUUAGCACUUGGUACGUUCCUCCUGAUGAAAUUAACCAUAGACUGUAAAUUGACGUGACCAAUUAGAACUCUGGUUGACUCAGCAUGUAUCGACCAAUAAUACGACCAGUCGACUAGGACUUUACAGCCUGAGACUGCACUGGAAUAAAGAAGGAAUCGAGCUUAUUAAAGCUUUCAGAUGACGUUUAAUAAGAUAUAACAACACCAUCUCUGCUCCUGUCACUUCCUGCACUUGUGAGAUUAAACAAAUACCCUGGUCUUUGUUGCGCUUGAGUUCAUCCGAAGAUUUUGCAGCAAAAAAGGAGGUUAUUCGAUUAUACAUCUCUGCCUCACAUCCUGCACAGCUGCAGUUUGACUCGCUCUUCUUUGUAUAAUAAGACCCAUGUGUGCUUGCCUUUUGUCUAAGCCGUGGGACUGAGGGACUCUGAGAGGAAGAGCCUGCAGCUUUUAUCAGAUAUUGACUAUUGACACAAGCGAUUCUACAAGGAUAUGCAUGAUCUUGCAGCUUCCAAUUAUGGAGAAGAGCUCCUGACAAAACUUAAAGUGAGAAGCCUGAAACGUGAACACCCUCUUGAGCUUCCACGUCACGUACAGUAGAUGAGCUGGAUGAAGGGGAUCAGUGUGGUCAGGGAGAUAUGCUGUUCGAGGCAAAGUUCCCCCAACGCAGGAAGACGAAAGCCAGCUACUGAUGUGGUUGGAGGUCUGGCAGGCGCGCUUUCAUUGUAGUCGAGCGUGUGGAGAUGUUUUUCAACCGCAGCCAUGUCCUCAGUGGAGCGGGGUUGGGAUGGGGGGUUUUGGACUGCACAGAGAGGAUGCCCCUGGAAAGUUCUACCUCCCUUUUCUGCUUGUUCAAGUCAGCCUGACACUUUUUAAGGAUGAUUACUGAUGUGUCACCCUUUGGCUGGAGUUAGUUUGAGAGUAUUUAAGUAGAGCGUUCAUAUCCCUUUGUUUUCAGAUCCCUUUGGGUCCUUGUAACACUUCCAAAGGCCUCCCCUUCACUGUGUUGAAUUAGGGCUGGGCGAUAUGUCCUCAAGUUCACUUUGAUAACGAUAAAUGGACGAUAACUACUCCAUAAGCUGCUCACGUUCUACCAUUUUAACUUCGUCGACUUCAGCCGCUACAACUUAUGACCUGUCCUCCAUCUCCUCACCUGUCUUUCCUUCUUUGUUACGGACUGGAUGGGGUGGAGUCACGGGUGGGACACAAGACCACAGCCUACCUACACACCUCCAAAACCAACUUUUAUUGAUUUAUUUCUUUUUGACACCAAAUAUACUGAUAUGGGCAAAAUGAUGUCGGUUAUUGUCGUUAAUUUCGAUAUCGGUAAAUUUUCGGUUUGUCGCCCUGCCCCUAUGUUGAAUGCUGUAUUUUCUGUAAACAUACUACUUGUUUUUAAAUGUGCUAGAAGAUGCUCUACAUAAAGUACCUUCUUCUUCUUUGUUUCCUCCAGUAUCUGCUGAAUUUCAGCCAAAGCCAGAGGUCAACCUUCCCAAUCACAAGACAGAAAACGGACAGACAAAUGUCAAAGAAAGGUAAAACUGUUUCUUCUUUUUUUUUUGGCCAGUUUAAAACUCUCUUUGUGCUCAUGUUGAGACAAAACGACUCUGCCAGAUAUCUAGCCAAGUGUUGACUGAGAGCUCUACAGAAAACACAAGGAGCCCAACAGUAAACAACGGCAGUAUGGGGGGAAAGAUUCUGUUUCCAGAAAUGUUUACUCUGUAUUUGAAGACCCUUCAUGGGGAGGAUUGAAAAUAACUCGUGUAAUUGGACAACGCAGAGAUGACUCAUUUGUUGUGUGAGUCACUCCUGCCCAUCUUAACUGGAACCAUAUUCUUCUUUUGUGUUUCCCCCUCCGCAGCAGCCCCUCAGCACCAGUGGUCAAUGGGGUCCAGCCAACAAGACAUGAGAACGGUCUGUCCACCAAAGGGGACUCUGCUCACUUCGGGGAUAUCCUCCAUCUCGCCAACACCACCAAUGGGGCGCGGGAUAACUCAGAGAGCAGCAUGGACACUGAGCCCAUCCUGUCGUUUGAAAGCGAGGAUUCAUUCAUGAAAAAGGCCGGUCCCAUGAAGCCCCAGCAUGUUGCAGGUACACAGUUACAACAUUACAACUACACCAAAAGACAUAGUUAUUAUCACAUCUUUAUCUGCCUACAGUGAGCCAAAAUAUAGGAUGUAGUUGAGAGGAGAAAGAUGAUAUUACAGUCUGACAGGUGGUUGAACAAGCCUCGCAUUGAUGGUGAAAACAAGGAGACACUAUCAGCAAUUAAAACUAAAAAUAAAAGAUUCUACCACCCCAGAAUCAGAAUAUUGGCUAAGAAUGUAAAAACUAUGUAUCGACAAGGGCCUGACCGAUUUAUCGGUGAGCCGAUUAACUCGGCCAAUUUUAGCCCGUUUGAGACUAAUCGGUAAUCGGCCAAAACUUGCUGAUUUUCGCAGAUAUUUUCAGGAAUAAAAUGUGUAGAAUAAGAAACAAUGGAGGAGGCACUGAUCAGCCGGGGGGGGAGUUGAAAAUGCUUUUCUGGUCCGAGUUUGAUCAGUCGGUCUUCCAGUCAGCGUGAACAGCAGUAGCCUACAGUAUAGCUACAGUAUAUAGUAUACUGUAGAUAUUUACAGUAUACAGUAUAUACAUUUCUUAUAACUUCAUAAAAUUUUUUUAAAAUUGGCUGAUUAAUCGGUAAUCGGAUUUUUUCCUCCACAAUAAUCGGUAUCAGCAUCGGCCCCCAAAAAAUCCAUAUCGAUCUGGCCCUAGUAUAGACAAAUGCUCAAUAUGAUUAUCAUUCCAAAGGAUGAUUAAUGCAAGCAAGUCAUUUCUUUUACCAAGCAACUGUCCUGGACACGACUUCAAAAUAAAAGCAUGUAAAAACAGGGGUAAAAAAUGUUUGGGGCUUUUGCUUUGAAAAACAUUCAAGAUGUGCUUUUAAACUAUAUUUUUCUAGCUUGUGCCAUAAAUAUAGCAGGUAAAAAGCAAAUACAGCCCUUAAAUAAUCAUUUUUUCAGCCCACGUCGGCCGACUUGGUUCGUGAUAAAAAAAUUUAAUAAAUCAACAUGCUGCCCAUGUCGGCAGUACGAAUGUUCUGAUCUGUUAACAUCUAUUAGUUAACAACAAAUUAUGAUAUGGAGUGAAACAAAGAGAAUUGAAGAACAUUUUUAUCUUCCAUAUAAAGUAUAAAAGAAAUGUUAUUAUUCUUUUGAAGCCCCCACAUGGAUUUACGCUUAGGCUCACUGUGCAGUCAAGAAACGGGACAUUCAGCGGAUACAGUCCACAUAGAAAACCUCAUCUAUUUAAGUAUUCUGGAGUCAAAUAAUGCGAAACAACCAUGUGUUGGAUUAAAGGAUCUGGUUAAUAUGCUGGUUCCACUUAGUUUCCUCGUCUUUCCCUUCAAAAAGGAGCAGCAAACAGCCGUUUAAACAGUCAUGUUCUUAUUUGCCCUCAGCCAGUUUUACACUCGGCCAACAUUUACCAUUUAAGCCCGCAGCACAAACAACCACAGAUGGUUUCGCUGGCGUGCAUCGACUUUGAACCUGAACGUGCACUUUGACCAAACGAGCGGGUCAUCACACCCAGAAGAGGUGAUGGUGCGGAGUGUGUGGGGACUCCACUUACAUCCACAAAAGACUGGAGACAGGACGGGGAAGAAAUAGUGUUAGGAAAGAGGCGAAGAGAAGCAGGGUAUCUUUAUACUGAUGACAGCUUUUAUUCCACAGCCUCUCUGACGGGGGGCCUGUGAGGAAUUCUCUGAAUGUCCGAGGCGACGAGGAGACCCUAUCCACAAGUGCUUCUCGGCCAAGGGUUAGAAACAGGACCCAGAGGCAAUUAAGCAGCAUAUCACCCCUCGCUCAGCCAACACCCCUGCGGCAACGUCAGCAGCACCCUACUCUCCCCUUCCUAUGGGAUCUUAGCCUGCACCUGAUAGCCUGAAGACAAGCCAGAGGGCAUAAAUAUUGCGGAAAGCAAACACAGGCUGCCAAAAUUAUUUUGAAUCACAUUUUAAUUAAAACUUCUCUCCCCCGCCUUUAAGCUCAGCUGCGUUCGAAUCAGACUUUCUCUUCUCUCAUUUUCGCUCUUGUAAACGUGGACACACGAGACGCCUUUUACCAGGCAGGACAUUUGCGAAAGCAGCUACGAUAAGGAGGACUGAUAUGCGAGACGAAUUCAGUGUUUUAAUGUAGCUGCGUAGGACGUAACUUUAUUUGGAGGCAAUCUCCCAGGGUUUAUUUGAAUGUUCAAACUUUUAUAGAGGAGGCAACAUGUGGCAACGUCAGUCAAAUAAACGAGUGUAACAUCCAUUAGCAGCUCCUUUUAUAUGCUGGCGGGAGCCGAUUAAAACACUAUUUUAUUGAAAGUGAAGGCUGUGAGACUGUAGAACUCCACAGCCGCACAUCUUUCUAAUUUACGGCUUGUCACGGAGUCAGAGGUUAACAAACCAUCCCUUUACAAAGAUCAGAGUGUGACCCCGUUUUGGAUACAAACGUCGCUCCUUUCUGUCUUCAAGAUCAUGUUCAUAAAUCCUCCCCGACUGCUGACCUCUAACCUUCUGCUCUCUGCCUCCCCUCACAGAGGUCCUGUGACACGUUCGUGUUGAAGCGCUCGUCGCCUUAGGCCGCCGACCUUCCCCGGCUCUGCCAACACUCGCAUGGGGAACCCUGUGACCUGUGCCAAUCAACAACCUUUUUUCUCUAAGCCCUGAAACGCAGACUUACUUCGCUCUGAAGACCGGAGGGGCUCCAGAUACACAAGAAAGAAGACGAUGAAAGGUGUUGCCACGUACGACACAGAAAGGAUCCUUGUGGUGCCCCUCAGUAAUCAUCAGUAUCAUAAUUGUACAUUAAAGCACAGCUGUGUAAUUUUGAUUACGACAUGCUGAUGUAUUUUACUUUGUCCUUUAGUUAUUUAACUGAAAGAGAAUCUAAAAGACUGGGUACAUUUUUGUGAAUAAUGUAAAUUAAGCGUGUGUGAUGGACAGAGGGGAGAGUUGGAUUCAAGUCGUAUGAAAGGGAGUCAUUUUAUGCUACUUUGCAUAAACCAGGUGUGACACAUCCUGGGGUGUAUAAAGCUACCUGUAACAGUUUUUUGUAAAGUUCCACACCGAGAGAUUUGACAUGUUAAGUUCACGUGCAGCAGCUUGUGUGGUGUGUACUGUCUGUUCAAAACCUCAGCUUCAAACUGAUUGUAAGCAGGACUGGAUGUAAAAAUGAGAAUGCAACCAUGACAUUAAAGAAAGCAGAAUUUAUCGGUCAAACCCCCUAAAAGAGGGAGUUACUCCACUAUUUAACAGUAAAAUGCUGUUUUUAUUUCACUUGUUCAAGCAUGACACCGUUUUUCUCUCAUUCACAUUGAGAUUCCAUGGACUCGUGUAGUUGAAAUGCUGCUGCGUGUAUAUGCUAUAAUUAUUUUGAUGUGCGUUACGAGGUCAGUGGGAGUAUCUUUGAGUCUUAUUAAAGACAAGCUGUCCAGUCUGAGGUCUCCUUGUUCCUUUUUUUUCCUGGAUCUUGAAGAAAAAACCAGGGGGUUUGUGGGAAGAUAGAGGAGCGUGCAGAUGUUCCGAUGCGAAAGUAAAAACAUUCUCAGGUUCAUUCAUCAGAAACAGGCUCUGAAAAAGAUGUUUUAAGUUUGACAGUCAGGGGCUGUUCUGUGAUUCACUUCGCCCUGUUUACUCAUUUCGAUUUAACAAUAUUUAGACUUUUGAGGGGAAAAAACCCACCAACGCUGAGAGUCGCUGAAGACACGGUACACGCUACCCAGCAGGAAAACAGAUUUAGAGAUGGUACCACAGGGCCUUCCAGAUGAUAUACAAGGCAUGUCGGUUGGCUCAGCUGUCCAUUUCAGUUUGGGUCUCCUUUUACAAAAUCCCCACAGGGGGGCACAUGCCACUCUUCGGUUUACCCCCCUCCUUUCCAGUAUAUACUGGUGUCCCGCACAAGUCCUGGCACACUUCAAGGUUUCCAACCACACAGGCGGCUAAAGUGCUCUAAAAACACAAUUUAUGCCCCCUUUGAUCAAACACCAAGACAUUAGUGCAUGAUGAUCGGCGAGGCAAUGAUGUAAAUGACGUAUAGCCGCCUCUGAAAUAUAACAAGAGUGAAGUCCAGUAGCAGUGGAGGGAACAGUUUGUUAGCUUGAGCUUGUGAUGCAUGGAUGGCCUUUACCUCCCAGAGGACAACAUUAUUUCAUCACCAUGCAGUGGAAAGCUUUGAGCAAUGCACAGAGGCUCUAUUUCAUCUAAGUGUCUUUGAGAGGAAUGCUUUCACCUUAAUGUAUGUGCGACCCAAAGAUGGAACAGAUCCACCAUCCGAGGGACUCAAUGUGCUUUUGACCAAGAUUUAAAGUAAGUGAGAUCUUUGUUUGUAAAAGAUGUGAGCGCGAUGAAAGAUGGCAGUUUUUAAUGGAAACUUCCAUCCUGAGCUUGAUUAAACUCCCAUUAAAGUUCGCAGAAAUAGACGCGACCUUAAACUUCUGCUGAUGCACCAAACUACUUUUCCGUUUAAGACUGCCAUCAGAGCUUUUAGUGCUUUUACCCGCACGUCUACAAAGGCUUUACCUCCUAGAGCAGAUCCGGCCACAGCCUGUUGGCUUCAUGAGCGCCCCUGAAAAAGAUGUAAACUCCCGCCGACAUCCAAGUGUGAGUUUCAACAACAUGAUCUCCCUGGUUUCUUACGUUGCUACCGCACAUGAGUCUCCUGCAAAAGAGCUGUAUUCAUUAACCCCAGCAGAGGGUGCAGCUCUGCAGCAAGGAGGUGACAGACAGCGGAUUACAUUUCUCCAGAUUCAUGGCUACUCUGUUGUUUGAUACAACAAUGUGUCAACAUAAUGUUCACUUUUUUUUAACAUCUUUCUCUCUUCUUGGGAAAAAUGCACAGAUUUAUUGUGACAUUCUUAAACUAUACUAUGUUUGGGAUCUCUUUCUCUCUGUGAAUCAAUCUCUGGUAGUGUGCAGUCCUUCUCAGAGGAGGCAUACGGAUUAGUGGUCACUAUUUUUAGGGAGGUGUCAGCGAGGCAGUGCACAGUUACAGGAUGAGUAGUGCCAAGUCUCUGAAUAAAUUCAAACAGAAUGAGGAUGGAAAAAGAAAUCGAUAACUUGACUUUAUGGAUGGUAAGGUUGAUCCAAAACCUUUCAGCUGCAUUGAGCUGGACGGUCCAGAAAUAACUUUGCUGGGUGGCAUUGCUGAAGCCGCCUCGUGUUCAUGCCACUUUGAUUGAUGGUGUAUUAUCUCUGCAGUCUGCAAGCGUGCUGAUGGGUGCAUUGGUUGGAUUUGAAGUACCCUCUUCUCUGGUGGAGGAUCAGCAAGAAGGACAAAAAGAUCCAACCACAUUCUGUCGCGUGUGACAAGCUAACAGGCCCAUUAUCAAACCUCUGUGUUCGAGCUGCUCUGCGCAGAGCGUGCAGCUGGCAUACUUUUGGACAUGAGCUCAUUGUUGUUUCAGACGUCAAUCUCUGCACUCGAGGACUGUGAGGAAUCUUACAAAUGUUUCAGAACGGCAAGUGUGCCCGCUACGACUCCAUUUUGAACAAGAUAGAGGGGUUCAGGAGUGGGUCACACCACUCCAGAUAAGACCACCAGGGCUAUAGUUACUCAUACAUCACAACCAUCAAAGCCCAUCGCCCCAACCUCCUCCAGUGUUCAAGCUCACGCCCCCUUUUCCUUUCUCACGUUGAACCGUCUCUAUCUGCUCAGCAACAGGCUCUCUUCACACAGCUGCUCUCAGAUGGCACAGUGUUAAUGAAAGGCCACUGAGCAGCCACCGCUCGCAGCGAUCCCGGUCAGGACCGGUCAUUGCAGGGCAACCCUUCAGCAAUGUCUACGUGAGAGGGAAAGAUUUAAGAGCGAUUCCCCCCCCUCCAUAAGACCCCCAGUGAGCUUUGAUACCACAGUGCUGCCCCAUGAGUGUGCACAGGGCCUCACAUCAGGGGUGGUCGCCAAGGGACAGAGAGCACAUGAGUCUAAACAGACAGCAGCUAGACUGUUGUCACAACUUGCCUGAUAUAGAUCCUUUUUGACGAGGUCCGACCUCAGUGCACCCUGCGUCCACGUUAUAAAUGAUGCUUUCUUUGAGUAUAUGUGAAUGAAAGCACGCUCAAAUAGAGUGGGAACAGGUUUAUUGGACGAGUCAGCGUUACUUUAUGGGUGCAUCUGCUUGGCGGCUCAUCUGAACUGAGAUUCCUUUGUUUACGGCUUUGGCUAAAAAUGUAGACUUGAAUAACUGUUGAGUAACUGUUGUUAACAAAAGUUGGAGCUUCAUCACAACUUUUUUUUGAAAGCUUUGAGAUCCUAUAAAAUAAAGUGAUUGAUGUUCAAAUCUCUGCUAAUUGUAACCUGCUCUAAAGCUGUCAUAAAAAUCUUCCUCAGGUAUGCCAAAGAUAUUAAACACAUGGAAACGCUUAAACACAUAAAAUGAAACAAGUCUAGUCAUACUUUUAGCGUAGCCUCUUAGGAGUAGCAAGACAGAGCAAGAUGGUAAUGUCAAUGAUCUAAGAAGGUAGCUGUUGUUGGCAUUAGCUAGAAAUAAUAAAAUCAUCAUGCCAUUGUUGGCUAGGGUGACCAUACGUCCUCUUUAACCUGGACGCAAAUAUUUUUUGUAGAAUGGUAGGGGAAGGUCCCGCCCUCCUUCGCCUCUGGUUGUCAUCGUCUGUCAAAUUAGGGUUAGGGUUAGGAGAUUCAGAAGUUCUGUAAUGUUCUGUUCGAUGUAUAGAUCCGACAACCCGCGUUUGGCUUGAGCGUGUGGUGAUGUUUCCAGCUUUUCUAGCCAAUCAGAGGCGAAGGAGGCGGGACUUUCCCCAACCGUCCUACAAAAAAAGAAAAAUAUCGCAACCUAGACGUUUCCUCUUCUUGGGGGGCUGUCUGGCCUUGUCCGGGGGAGUUUAUAAAAUCCUUCAAAUGUCCGGGAUUUUGUAUGGAAGUUUGGAGUAUGUGCUGCAUAGACUUACUAAGUUAGAAGCACAUGAUCUUGAUCCAACCCGUAAAACAUUCCAAAAAUAACUCGGCUCGGCCCCUGCGUAGUCGUGUCCUCCUUUUUGGGAUUCAGAAUAUGGUCACCAUAUUGUUUUGUUGGCAGGUAUGGUUCCUAAGGUAUUUUUUAAUUUCAGAGCACUGGAGCAAUUGUUGGUGGCGUAGCAAAAUGCGUUCAAGGGCAGAAUGCAAAUAAAACAACAAAUUUGCAACAUACGUGAUACCAUGUCUGUUGCAGGAAUGAAAUAUACCCCCUUUGUGGCAAUGCUGAUACUUGCUUGACAGAACUGAAGACCCAGUAUGUGGCUUAUUGGUAGAGUUGGUCAUCUCUCAAUCAUAAGGUUAGGGUUCGAUCCGCGAUCCUGCUGUCUACAUGCUGCAGAGUCCUAGGGCAAGACACUUGACCCCAACCUGCCUGUGGUUGCUGUGUAAAUGGACAAUGUAAUGUAAAAAGUCCUGAAGUGGUCAGAAGACCUGAGAAAGUGCUAAAGACAUCUUGAUCUCAAUGGUUUUCUUUUUACCUGGUUAAAUUAAAAAAUCAAAUAAAUACGUGUAAUAGUGUAGAGUAAAGGUCUUCUGUCUGAUCCUAAUCUACCAAAAUACUGAUCCUACAAAACGUGGCACCAAAACAAUCCGGGAUCAUCCAGGUCCCAAAGAUCAGUACACAAGAACACUAGAAGGUCUAUCGAGAAGUAAUAAUCUCAUAUAUAGUCAAUCUGUCAAUGCUGUACAGGUGCUACGGAAACAGCCAGUCCAAUCGUCCAGUGGUCAUGAGGGUAUUUCCAUCUGGACCAAACUGGUGGAAAAGUGACCACCUGACCAACCCAAAUUGUCAUCCUAAAGGCCAAGCCUCUAGUGGCUACAAAGCAAUAUAAAAACCUACACCCAAGAGGUUUCACAUUUAGACAUCGACACAGUUCGUAUUUCAAAGAUCUGUUGUCUCUUCAUCUUGAGACUGACAGCUUUACAGCCUCAUUGCCAAUCAGUCCACAAAGGACAAGCGGCUUCAAUUUUGCCUGCUUGCAAGCCUGGUUAUUUUCAGUUCAUGGGAUAACUGAGAAUUAAUCCCCCGAUGCACACUCGCUGCCAGCUACACAGGGGUCUUCGGAUCUCUCAGUUUUCUUUUUGUUCCAUUUGGAAGGAAAACUCUCAACCGGGGGGGCUCACGAGAAGGGGGCUGGAGCCAUAUGUUUAAUGUAGAAACAGGAUCCUCCCCUGCGUCCCUCUGUGUUAGCAUUGGCUCAGUAAAGAGGAACCCCUAUAGAUGAUUUAUCUUUGGGUUGGCCUGGCACCACCUGUAGUGUCUAAUGUCUCUCUGAGGUGUACGUUCACUCGGCUUAAAUGUUGCGUCUUGGUUGCUGUGACACUGUGGAACAUUAUAACCACAGCGGCCGUCACAUGAAGCCAAACUUAGACCGUUUUUCCAUUGGAAUUUCCAUUGGGAAUUGGGAAUUUCUGUCUGUGUGCUUUAAUAACAGGAGUUUCCUUCAAUUUUAAGUACUUUUGGAAAUAGAAACUAUUUUCUCACAUUUUCUGCUCGACAAAAGUUAAAACCCCCAUAACGAGAAUUUUAGAAUAAUAUUAGAAAUAGUGACUCAGCCCUUAGUUAGUCUGUCUAUUAAAAAGUAGUUGCCAAGGCACUAAAUCUUCUUGUUCUUUAUUUAUCUUGCAGCAGGAAACUACACUCAAGGCUCGCUGUUUAGGGUUGCACUAAUUUACUGCCGUGAGGUUAACAAGAGGGUGUAAGAAGGUGUCUAGAUGUCCGUCUGUGAGUGAGAGGGGAAAAAAAUACUGAGAGAGAAUGUGUGUGAAUUUGUGUUUGCAUUCCCACAAUUCUGUUUGAGCGUGUUUUUAUGUGUGUGUGAAAAUACUGCAAAGUGUGGGAGUGUCUCGGUGGCAAGUGAGUGUGUUAGCAUGAUACAUGAGAGCAGCCGUCCGGGACCCUGGAGAGCAGACUGAGAGAGGAGCUCAUAAGAGGGGGGCUGAAACUAACUUCCAUCCCCCCGGUGACAGUGGCCCUGAGCUGUCAGCGCUGUAAGACUGAAAGCAUUCUGGUGGUGGAAAGAAAGAGUAAAAAAAACAGUGACACAUUUCUGUUUCACACCACCACAACGGGCUAAACCUGCUGAGACAAAGUAACGGCAGGGUGAAAAAAGGCAGAAAUUUCAGAUUCAUUUACAUAAACUGACAUGAAACAUCAGGUGAACGGUCACUGGUGUUCAUGGGAACAUAACACCUGCGUUUGACUGUCACACUAUGAGUUGUUUGAUUAGUCAGUGAAGGCUGAGUAUCUCUGAACAAUAUGGCUGUUUUUAUUCAAAAUUUAGACCUUCAUUUAAACUCUGGGGGAAAGUUCAUAUUCGCGCUCCACUAAGUUAUUCAAACUCAUAAUUAUUCAGUGUAGUAGCACAUCAGGCUGCCUGAUGUAGCUUCCUGUGUGAUCUAACAGAGGACGCUCCUACUGUAACCUAUCCAACCCGUGUAUCUCUGACCUUGUUAAACCAAUACAGUUAUGUUAGUCUAUAAAACUGGAGGACAUGUCCAUGCAAAGCUGCAUGUACAUUUAAUUUCCUUGGGGGAACACCCAAAAGGAUAAAUAAAGAUAUUGCAAAUCUAAUGUAAUCUAAUGUAAUAUAAUGUAAUAUAAUAUAAUAUAAUAUAAUAUAAUAUAAUAAAAAAUAAAAUAAAAUAAUAUAAUAUAAUAUAAUGUAAAAUAAAAUAAAAUAAAAUAAAAUAAAAUAAAAUAAUCCAAUAUGGAAGCAUAUUGGGUCCACAGAUGGAAAAAAAAGACAAAUAGAUGGCUGUUUGUUGACGAUAAAAUAGAAUAGAAUGGACGAACAUCCAUGGAUAAUGAUUCUGAUUCAUUCCACAUUAUCUAAUUGUUAUCUUAUUGUUGUGAAUCCUACUAGUUUAAUGAAUUUGAUGUUUUUGGUCUGUUAUUAUAAGCCAAUAAUUAAAGACAGCUUACUAUAUCCAAUAAAUCCAAAGACUGUGUAAAACACAUGAUUCCACUUUAGAUGUUUCUUUUAAAGACAUUUUGACUUUCUUUUCGCUCUAAAACCUAAGUUUCCCUUCUGUGACAUCCUCUCUGGACUCCACUGGGUGGAUUAAGGACUGUAUAGCUCUGCAGGAAGUUCUUGAUAUUUUCCUUCAUUCUUCAAACUGAGCUCUCUGCAAGACUGAGGAAACAGCAACCAGCUGUGUUUUCUGCGAGGCUAAUAUAAAACAAUACGUCUACCUAAGCAUGUAAUUCAACUACAGCCAUUGAAUAGAAACUUGAGAACUUGGAUCAAGUUAUAAAAACACAAGAAACAAAGAGUGAAUCAUCUCUUAAUCAUGUGUAUCAAAAGUGGUUGGUAAGAAAAUUAGGCAGACAUGUCAUCAUGUGAGAAACUGGCUAACUAGUUUAAUCUCAAAUCUGUGAAGAAGCCGCUCAUUGCUGUGAUUUACUGGGCACUUUCUGUCCGUUCUCCCAGUAGGGAAAUCAGGCCCAGCUGCUGCUUCUUCUGAGAAAUGGAAAAUCCCCUUGUGUGCAUCAUUGUACCAUCACUUUUUCAGUUUCUUGCUCCUUUCUUCUCACAUGAGAGCAGCACUCAGCUCGCCAGCAGACUCAUCUGUCUGGGUCUAUGGUUAGGUCGUGCUGGGUGUGACGUGGCCCGACCUUUUCUCACCAAAUUCGCCUCCUUGCAGAUAGCAGGAGAUGAUGGAUGGUUUUCUGGAGGUGGCCGCCACUGACAAAGAUUGCCGCUUGGAAGCAAACGGCGUCUUUCAGGAGGACAGAAAGUUGGGAAUUGGCUUGUUAAAGUGCAUCAUGUUUGUGUAUCUGAGAUGUAAACCAACGUAAUAAUUGCAAGUAGGUCUGCAGUUUUAUUUGAAACAGAUGCAGUUUGCAUUCUCUAUCCCUGCAUGAACCCGUACUGUAAGUCCCACCACAGCAUGUGUCUGGGUUUAGGAACGGAGGAAAAGAAGGAAAUCCUGAUAAGAUUUGCUGGUUGAAGUCUGAACUAAGAACCCCUUUGAACGCAGACAACUUUAAUAUAAAAUUCAAACUUAGCAGUAAACUUGCAAGACAGAUGGACAAGAUUUAAAGAGCCACCAUAAGCAUAUGGUGCUGAUCAGAGAAACGCCUAAAACAUAUAGGCUGUCAUGUAUUUCCCAUGUAUCUUUCACUCUUCCAGCUGCAGGAGAUAUACUGCAGUUUGGUCAAACAUCUGACAGUGCCAGUAGCACGAGUAAGAAAAUGCCUCAUGGGGGAAUCCGGGCUCCUCAGCUCCUUCUCAGAGAAAAGUAAGGUAAUUUUUCUCCUCCAUCCUCAUAAGACCUGCUCUAAUUAAAAAUAAACAGCAGCUGUCUGCAGAACGCCCACCAGGCGUGAGGUUCACGAGGCCACAAGAUCAGUUCUUGGUUUCACAUGGGAGGCGAAAUGCCUGCACCAUCUUUCUGUGAGGACUUUAUUUUCAAAGAAACUUCUCAAGUGGCUCCACAGCAGGGUUUUGACCUGAAGUCAUCUCAUUCGGUCACCACUUGUGUCACUCUGUGGUCUCAGAUCCUCAUUUGUCAUGAGGAGCACGGCAGCUGACCCAAAGUCUGCGAAUUCACCACUUCUUACCCACCGUCAGAUUGUGUUAUGUAAAAUAAGUUUGUAUCAAGUUCUAUGUUACCUAAUCACAUCAAAUAGCUCCAGGCUGCUCGGUACUAUGAAGUCCUGCAGAGAGUUUUUAGUCUGCCCACAGAUAUUCCCAAACAAGGCAAUACUUUUCUGAUGGUUGGCAUUGGCAAAGCGGUGAGGCUGGCAUGAAGGGGAGUAAGCUGCUCCUGGUUACUUCAAAAUUGCUUUGGACCCAUUUACAUUCAUGAGCUUGCAUAACUUAAAUCUAAAAGCAGCCAAGAUCGGCUGCAGCCAGCCAGAGAGCUGGUGGUCGCAGACGUCGCCACACUCCUUUACGCACUGCAGAUUUUUGGAUCUGCGUGGAAAUAACGGGAGCAAUGUGCGCCCAGUGUGUUGACAGGUUCUGCAUUGAAUAUACACACUGCAGAAGGAGCACAAUGUGUUCCCAUGUGUGUCUGAUACUACUUAAUAAAAGCAACACUCAUGGUACAAGAAGAAGCUCAUAAAAGGUUCAGCAAACCUGCGGCAUUUCCUUUCUGUGAGCUUCGAUAAAAGAUAAAGAAAAUGUGCAGAAAUAAAGAAUGACAGUUAAUCGGAGCUAAAUGACUAACACACUGUCGCCUCGCAUCAAAGUCAGCUGUCAAGUGCAUGCCGCAUUUAUUUGGCACCCCGUUGUGUUGCUUGCAAAGCGGUCCAAACAACCCUGUUGAUGUUUAUUUUUUCAACACGCAAAACGGUUGAUGAAGUUUUUGCACCUUUUCCGAACAGAACAGAAUUGUCCUGUGUUUUUUUUUUCUUCCUUUUUCCAUAAAAAAGGCAUGGAAAAAGGAACACCAGACCCAAAAGUCUCUACAUGUGUUCUUCAUCUGGUGUGAAAGAAGCACUAAAUCAUUGUCCUGUAAAAUAAAGACAGUGUGUGUUGGUCUGUGGGAGCCGUGGGGAGGAGGAGGACUGAGAAAAUGAUGGGAACAGUUUGAGGGGGAUUCAGAUCUGGAGGUUCAAUGCCAGGGUACUUCCUUAUUAUUGCCCCCCCUUGCAAAGCCAAGCGUCUUCGCACACAACAAUCAUAAAAAGACAUUUCCAAAUAAUUGGCAAUACACGGUUCUUAAACAGACGCUGGGUUGAUGUCCAAUUUGUGCAACAUCAUGUGUUUCAGCUGUGCUGAGAAAAUAUAUUUUAGAAGACCAUCAUAAUAUUCAUCUACAUCUUUUAUUAAACUCUAACUUAUGAGUUUAAAAGCACCAGAUGGUUAGAGUUGUAGAGAGAAUUAUGCCGUGUCUCAGAGCUUCCCUCGGCCAAAUGUGAUUGCAUCACGGUUAUAUUAUGUAACAGUGUGAGAGAAAGAUUUCAUGACUUACGUUUAUGUACUUAUAGUCAGCAUGUGAGAAGUGAAAGAAAGUAAGAGACUAUUGUUGGAGGAUUUCAGUUUGGCGUUGUGUCAGUCACAUGUCUGGGGUUUUGGAGCCAGUUCUGACCAUAUUUGGAUGAGAAUGUGGAAACACAUUGCUGCUGUAAUUCCUUUAUAAUCAAAAAGCUGCAAUAAUGGCUUGAAAAUCACAAGCAGAUAAGUUCUAAGUAUACCACACAGUAUCCUUGGUUUUAACAUGGAUAUGUCGAAGAAUUACAAAAUAAACAUCUUGUUGAAUUAAAGGGAUAUUCUGGCAUAAAAUUAAGUUAGGGUCAAAUACUCCAUAACACCGAGUUAGACACUCCAUCGAGAGAUGAAUGUUGCAAGUUGCUUACUUCUCUAGUUAUACCAACUUUAGUAAUGACCACAUAAUCAGUCGCAGGAGCCCCAACCUCAACAAAACGCCACUCUAUAACCACAAAUAUAGCCACAGGGUCCCAGCCAUAGCACUAGUCACCAAACAUCUUUUUAAACUUUGCUUAAUCACUUUGGCAAAAGGGCUAAACACAACUCAACUACUCUCUUCCAGCAGCCAAUUGUUUGUACGGAGACCUCCAGGCGAGUCCAUCGAAUGCAGUGGGGGGAUGCAGCUCAAGGAGGAACAUUUUAAAAAAAAAAUGCAAUCAGACUGAGACGCUAAGGCAGAGGAACUACCGCGUCUGCAGUGCAAAAUGAUUAAUAUGAUGAAUAUUACAUCAAGGAAAUGAUAAAGUAAUGAUCAUAAAUGUUCUUCCUUGAGCUGCGUCUCCCCGCUGCAGUCGAUAGACUCGCCAGAGGUCUCCGUACAAACAAGCGGCUGCUGGAAGAGAGUAGGUGAGUUGUUUUUAGUCUUUUAAUCUCUUUGCUAAAGAAAUCAUGCAAAGUUAAAAAGAUGUUUGGUGACCAGUACUAUGGCUGGGACCCUAUGUACUUAUGAUAUAGAGUGGCUUUUGCUAUAGAGUGGCUUUUGGUUGAGCGUGUGGCUCUCUGUAUUGCUAUCCUGCGGUUGUUACUUAAGUUGGUAUAACUAGAGAAGCAAGAGGUCAGCAACAUUCAUCUCUCAACUCAGUGUUACUGUGUGUUUGACUCUAACUUAAUUUUACGCCGGACUAUCCCUUUAGAGGAGCUCAAAGUUGUUAUCAUGUCUCACUGCUUUAUUCCAGGUCCCAAAAAUAGAACUUUCAUAAUCCCUAUUAUAUCACCUGUAGUAAGACUUUGUUUUGCAACCUGUAGAUUUGCCCCCUGCUGGCCAACAUAAAAACUGCAGGUUUAAAACACCUCUGUCUUGGUUUCAAUUUCUAAAUUACACGCUUUUUAUGCUCUCUAUGCUUCAGCUGUUGAGCUUGCACAUAUGCCUUACCUACAGUGCUCAUGGAAAAUUAAACAGUACCUUAGCUGUUCCUUUGAGGUCUAAGGAAAAAAAGUCUAAAAGGUGCAUGGGUGAGACAAUUUAAGAGAGGGUCAAGUUUGCCCUUCCUCUGAACCUGAUAUGAUUUCAUCAUUUCAAGCUUGGGGUUGUUUAUGAGGGGAACAAUCUCAGAAUGCCUUGCGGGUUUACAAAGGUGCAGUGUGUCGCCAUAGCUAUUCCUGAAAGCUAAAAGCUCUCUGAGCCCAACAGCCUUGGAUCUAAUGCUGAUGGGCAGCUUUCUCUCACACCCUCUGACCCCAAACAGGCACCUCUCAGUGUAAAUGCCCCUGUUAUGGAAACAAAAUGUGUUUGUGAGCUGGAAGACGAGUGUGCGUGCAUGUGUCAACAUGAGGAAGAAAGUGAUGGAACAUGUGCAACAACGUGGCUGCUCUCUGCAUUAUGUAUCAAAGCGAGUGUACAUACAGACUGUGCAUGAGUCUGCAGCACAGAUCAGACACACAAGGGGGAAGAGGAGGGGAAAUACCGCUUAACUGAGCCUUGGAACAGGACCAAAAGCCGCAGAAGUAGCUCUGGAUCCAGCAUCCCCUGAGCCCUGCAGAGACAGCUAACAGGACAGAACAGAGCAGAACAGUAGUUCUAUUCAAACCAAACCAUUUUUCCCUGGCACGAGAUUGAAUGGGUAGAAAAUGAGAUCACUCUUUCUUUGCCAUCACAGAAUGAAAGAAAAAAAAAUUAAAUUCAGACAGAAAGGAAUGAAAUGUUCCACCUUCCAAACCAGCUGCUGAGCCCUUAUACGGCUCAAGGUUGACUGUGAUUAAAUUUCAUGGUAUAGGUGCUAUAGGUGGAUGACAAGAACAAGAAAAAAUAUGUUUGGGUUUCAGCUGAUGGGGCCUCAUUUUUUCCUGGUGGAGUUGUUUCUUUUCGGAAGUGGAGGGGGCUGGAAAUUUUUCCUUCACCAGAGUUAGUGCAGAAGAAUAACUCCACAGUUUCACUUUGACACCCCUUUUGCUCUCUGCUACUCCUGUAUUUUUUUUAUUAUCAUUGUCAGCCAAAGGACUGUCCCUUUAAAUUUGUGACUCUAUGUUAAAAUUGGCAUGAACUUUAGCAUAACGCUUCAAAGAAAGAAAGAAAAGAACGAUCUCUUCAGAAGCCUCACAAGCACGUUUUCUUGAUUAAACGUUCCCCAUGAGAGGAAACAGGUGGGUCGACUCAUCAUAACUUUCACAUACUCUGUGAUCUUAGUCACAGGCUGGAUUACAGUCAAGAUGAUGAGACUACGAAUCUGAAAUCAAAAUGUCAAAAUAAAAUGUAAAUUAUUUUACUCUCUUAUGCAGAAAAAACACGGCCAUAUGCCUGCACAGAUAAAUUAUAGGAUCUACAAACCACAUAAAACAUGUAGGCACACUGUAAACACAUCUGCUGUGCAUACUGGACAUUCAGACACACUGUAAUGACGAUACUUGAGAGCACUUAUAGCCUCCUAUGUUAAGUGCUGCACUACAACAUAAAUAAAGUCCUAGAAAAACGAUCCAUCAAGACGUGAGUUAGGUGGAUGCUGUCUUUCCUUUGGUGGGUUUUAGCUUUAUAGAACAAAGAGUCAUCAGCAUAUCUAGAGAUGCACAGUCUCCUCCUCUCAAGUGUUUAUUUCAUAUUUAAUACGGAGCCCACAGAGGACACAGUAUGCAAAUAGAAAGGGAAUCUCUCUUUUAUACUCUGCAGGUCUCAACUGAUGACUAAUCACUUAAUCAGAACAGCAUGAUGAGCCAAAUCUGUUUUAAUAGACCCCAGGCUUGGUAAAAUAGCAGCAAUAAACUCUAAGACAAAGAGCUGUUGUGUUGUUAUAUUGUGAAAUGCAUUACUCUCUUCUUUGUUUUGGUGUUUAUAUGUCAUACUCUCCCACACGGCAUAGUACUUUUGGGCAUUGGUAAGCCUGUCGAAAAGUUCUGCCAAUGCAAUAAUGACAACAACAUGCAACAAAGGCUAAGAAAACACAUCUGUAUCUGUAUCGUUGUAAUUUACAAUUUUGAAUGUUUUCAGCACCAAAAUUUAAUCAUAUGUUUGAACAUGCUCAUGGGAAAACAUCUGUAUGCUAUCGUAUGCUUAAUAUGGUAAUAUGAGUCUUCCAAGUCAGGGAACAGUCAAAAAUGGUUGUGGUGCCCAUUUCAUACACAGAAAAAAGCUUUUUUAUUGAGUCAUGUCAAAAUCAGAGCAAGUUGGACACUCUGAAAUUUCACUUUAGGACUGCAAAAGCAUUUUACCAUACACAGCUAUAGUAAAAAUGGUAAUUUAGCACCUCUAGCACCACCCUUAGCUCCUGUGGUGGUUUUUUGAUGAUAUGCAAAAGCAGAAAAAAAUCAGCAGCAACAAGAAAGAGGAAUGUUGUUCUGUAGUUUUAAUGCUGGAAAUGGUUGCAAAAAAGUUGUUUACAUUAAAUAAAAAGUCACAAAUAUAUAUAUAUUUGACUGUCAGAAUUCAGAAGCAUACUGAAGCAUAAGGAAGACAGGAUAAGCAAAGACUGCUUGGUCCACAGGGGGCGCCAAAACUGACUCAAACUAAAAGUUCCUCCUAGGAUCUUUAAUAUGAGUAUUUAUGCAUUUAUGUAUGUAUGGAGGGGUCUUGACUUAAUGUGAAGAUGACAGAAACUAACCUUUUAGCCUCAAUGCUUACAGAUUCUGGAUGCUUGAAAUGAUUCAGUGAAAAAACACAGUAUGAAUGAUCUAAAAUAUGUCUUGUUUUGCUAUAAUUAAUGUAAAGAUAUACCGUUUAUACUGUUGAUGAUUUUGUCAUGCAUGCUUAUUGUGAGCUGAAAUUAAACUCCACUUGGUAUUAAAUAUUUUAGUCAAGAUCAGAGUUGCACUUGAUGAUUAAUUUCUGUCUGGCUGCUCUAAGACUUCAGGGAGCACUUCAUAUUACAUGAGUUAGGAUACUUGCAUGGAACACACUGAUCUUCAUCAUCAACACAUGUAUGUCCGGGUCAUUUUGGGUUACAGCUCUGUCUUCAGUGAAAUGUGAAAACUAUAGGAAAAUAUCUAACUGUUUCUAAUUAACGAAAAGCUGAAGGCUCAGGGGUCCUGCUGGCCAAGCGGUCUAAGCGCGCCCCAUAUGUGAAGGCUGUGCCUGAAGCAGAAUGCUCAGGUGGCUGCUAUCCCACAUGACCCUCCCUGCUCUCUCUCCUUAUCUCCUUCUCCAUCUAUUGUGUUAUAUUUAAUAAAGGCACAAAUAAGCCAGAAAAUGAGGUUUAAAAAAAAGCAAUUUAUUUAGAUUCUAAUUGAAAUCAGAAAACUGUGUAAAACCAAACCUAAUUUGAGAUUUGGCGUCAAACAUACAAAAAAUAAAUAAAAAAAUGGCUCCAAGUUUAUAAUUUGCUGUUCCAUGGUUGGCAGCCAAACUGGGUGUUAAUUAGCCUUUAAACAGUAACAUAGCUCAGGGGUAAUUUACAUAAUUCACAAUAAGGGUUCUGUAAUUGCACAGAGUUUGACACAAAUCGAUUUUUUUUAGAUGUAUUUACUUUCAGUGAAGGCCCCUGUAGGUCCCUGGGAAACAAUUAUUUUCACUGGAGUUACUCAGUGCAAAAAAGAAUCAAACCCAGAUGAGAUUCUGGCACGCCUCAGCGGAUGGGAACAACUCCAGGAAAAGAGCUGAUUACCAAACUGAAAAAGAGAGAGCCUCUCUGUGCGUUGCUCAGAUGGCCUUCAUGCUCGACAUUAAAAAGAGCUUCAUACUGGAGCUGUUUGUCGGGUUAAAGGACGUGUCUGACUGUCACAUCCUGGGUGAGAACUAGGAUAAAUUAAGCUCAUUUGUUUCUCUACUCUAUCUAUCAACUCAGUCCUUUUCUCAACAUAUUCCAAGCAGUCAUAAAUAAUUCAAGAUUGGACGUUUUGAUUAUGUUCCCAUUUCAUGAUAUUAAAAGUAUUUUGGCCAGAAUAGAAACAUUCAAUCAUCUUUUAAAAAUGCACUUCUGAUAACGUCCUAUCUUUCCAGCAGCUGGGCUUCACUAACAUUCAGAUAAGAGACUGCUAAAAGGGCCCAGAUAAAUAUGUAUUUCUUCAUGUCCUUGAAAGUAUAUAUGUGUGUGUGAGAGAGUCAGUGUGCGACAUGUUUGUAGAUACGAUGAUUUCCCAGCAGACCUCACUGAUUAAAUGUUUGUUCUAAACUGUGGUGCUCUCCCCUUGGGAUUAAAACACUAAAAACCAAUUAGCGUCUAGUCGUCUUUUUUGGAAACAUGUGAGUCACUCAAUGAUUCCCCUCAGCUGAAUUUCGUGAACAGCAAUGUUAUUAUAUUUUUGAGGCAUGAAAUGCUUCUCCAAUUCUCGCGUCCUUGGCUAUUUCAAACAAAAUUAUCAAAUCAGCUUUGAGAUUAUCUGCUGCAUGCCCAGCUUUUAACACUGCCGCAAGAUUUCCACCAUUAAACUGAACCAUGUGACACAUAUUAAAGUCACCGCUUCCCUCCUGUUCUAACAAAACCAAAGUAGUGCCACUUCAGUAAUUUAUUUCAUCUGCAGCCAAGAAAAGGUUAAACAAGGCCGAGAGAACGCCGGGAUGCUGGAUCUCUCUGGACACAAAUCACGUCAGAUACCACCCAGUUGACGGGAAGCUGACAUAACAAUUGGCACAAAAAUUUUACAUUCUUAUUAAAACCAUUUUUAAAGCCCCUAAAAUUAGGAUCAGUGUUUGAAAUCUCUUUCCAAGGAGAUUAUUCAAAACAGAUUCGUCUUUUCCUUUCUAACAAAAAAGAUUCUUUGUAGACCCAGACUUUGUUUACUUGUGUCAGUCUCAAGUUUGUGUGUUGUCAGUUGUAGAGCAAAUUGCCUUGUUACUUCUAUUAUGCAAUACCUAAUACUACAACUGUUUGAUUGUUGGGAUCUGAGACGACUUAGCAGUUUUAAGUUCAAAAACCAUUUGUAGCUUGUGGCACUGAUGGCCUUGUUUCAAAGCCCCCCACAUUUAAAGGAUAGUCCUCUCCACAUCAGUCACUCGUUCGACCUUUUGCUGCAUUGCAUGCCUUCCCCCACUAUCUUCUACCCUCAUGUUCCAUCUCUCUCAGGGACAGAUCCAGCAAACAUCCAGCAAAACCCUAUUUUAAAAUGUCAACAAACAAAAACACCCAAACUAAAUAGUUUGUUGAUGACUCCCUAUAGGUGCUUCUUCACACUGUAGGUUUGACCAAUCCAGUUGCUAUGUGCAUAUGUGCAAUAAUCACAUCAUAGGAAAGUCACCUUUCCUAUACCAGUUUCCAAUCUUCAACUACAAGUUACCAGAGCACAGAGUGACCUGCACACUGUCUGAUUGGACAAGCACGCAAUACUGCCACUGGCACAUACAAGGUCAGUAGGACUGUCCAUGCAGAUGUUCAGUUACCUGAGGCAGCUUUUCACAGCACGUGUUUCUAUUACCAGAGGCUUAUUGUCCCAUGCUGGUCAACACUGUGGUGACUCACACGAGUGACUGGUGUGUUUGUGUUUUUGUCUGAUUUCAUGCUGUUUGUUUCUGAUGAAAUCAACCUUGGUAAGUGGUAAAUGGACUGUGUUAGUUAAGCGCUUUCUCAAGUCUCCUGACCACUCAAAACGCUUCUCACACUACAUGUCACGUUCAUCCAAUCACACUGCUUCCACACACUGAUGGCAUGCAGUGCAAUGUAAAGCACCCAUCAGUAUUAACUAAUCCAAUUCACUCACAUUACAGGGUUAAGGUUGGGGUUAGGGUUAGGGUUACAAACUUGACCUUUCAAGUGUCUUGCCCAAGGACACUUUGGCAUGAGGUCAGUUGGAUUGUUCACUUGUUCAAGAACAUCCAUUGAUUGCAUUUGUCCAACUGAAGACCUGUAAACACCUCAGUCCAUCUCAAGGUCAUCAACAGGAUCCCCUAAACCCUUUUGUUUAAAGAGACUUGAGACACUGGACUUGCAGAAGCAAGCAAUGGUAGACAGUGUUCUUUCUCACACCACACCAGUUUAUUUGCACAGUUCUUGGGAUGACAAACAAAUCGGAGCUGUCCCAAGAGCUUGUGCUACCACACACAGAGGACCCCAAUUAAACUAUGAAACAACAGAACAGCAGAGAACAAAGACAAAAACCAAGUUUAGCCUCCGAACACUGACUGACUGUUUCACAAUCACCCUUAGGUCAGCAUAACUACUACCAGACAUGUCCUGUCUCCCUGGCAAAGACAGCUUGCCUACUGUCCUCAGUGCAUGAUGUGAAGUCAGAUUCCCAAGAGUUCUUGGGACAGGUCUCUGUUACAUAACUUCAAUAACCAAAACAUGCAGCACACUGACUUUUAGCGGUCAGGACAAACUCACUUUCUAACAGUCAAAUGUCCUUCUAGGUAGGCAUGUUUGUUAUUGUACUGAUACUGGCGACUUCUUUGGUUUGCAAAUGAGCGACAAACAGUCCUGUUGUUUGUUUACUGCCUUUGGCCUGUAUUUCUCUGCAGCCUUAAUGUAGAACUGGACUCUAACUCACCAUCAUGUCUUCUUGUCAACUUUGAAUUAUAUCUACAAGAGAAAGAAUGAUGCAUCUGUUGGCAACAAGUUCAGUCAACUCAAACUAUCGUCUAUCGGAUUGCAGUUGCAUCUUGUGCUUUGGCACAUCCCUCUUAACACUUUGCUUCCUGUUAGAGCCUCUCAGUUUUUGAAGUGAGGUUAUAUGAUUAACUGGUCACUGGUUUUAAUCUUUUAACUGGCAGCACAUAGCGUAGGAGAGUUUUGAACGACCCAAAUUUCCACUUUCUCAUGAGCUACUUUGGACACAUCUUUGAGAAAAAGGCUUUUCUGCACCGGCAGCACUGGUCAGCGGAGAACUGUAAAAGGUUGGAGCUGCUGAGCAGUCCUUGAAUUUGAUUCUGUGUUACUGGGUAUUUUGAGGAGAACAUGACUCGAGGGGAGCAUAUGUGCAGAGAAAAUAUAAACAGAUGUGACAGAUGUAAAACCUGACAGGGACUCAUCUCCUAAUGCUAAAAAAGAAGACAAACUUAAUUUAAGUUUGUGGCACAGUCUGUGUUUACAAAACAUUAGUAAAAAGCUUGAUUGGCACAUGCUUAUCAAUUCAUCCACUUAGUUUUGGUUAUGAAAAAACACUGCUUGGGUCUUUACUUGUAAAAACAGACCUAAGUUACAUCUGCAGGUGACAGCUUGUCCUGUCUGAGCUUCCACAGGCAACAUUCAGACAGCCAAAGUAAACGGAAUAGCAGCACCAAACACUAUUAAUGAAAAUGGAAAAGGUCUAGUUAAAACACGUGGUCUAACACAAACAAGGCGCAGAAAGAGCGACUUUGUGGACAGCCGUGUUUGUCUGUGUAAUAUUAAAGUUGAAAGUCUGCAGAAAAACACACAAGGAUAACAGGUUUUAUUCAGCUGGAUUAUUGAAAAAUGUACUUUUUCCACAGUCAUUGUUGAUGCUCUGACUUUGCAGUUUUGGACUGAUCGCGCCAGAUGUUGUGGAUGCAAGGGCUGUAUGUUUUUAAUCGACAGAGACAUUCAACAUCCUCUUCCUGAUUUCAAAAAACCAUAAAACAUCUUAAGUAGACACCAGUUGAAUCAGUUUUCAGUGCUGACUGUCUCAGGUUAUUUAAAGGACUCUCUUAUGGAAGUACUCAACAUUUUAAAGCUACUGUGAGGAGUUUUUGAGUUACGAAAUAGGCCUCCCAGUCUGAAGUAUAUCAAGUCCAAAGACCUGUUCCCCCAGAAGGAGCUGGUGAAGGAGGAUGGCGGCCUUCGGGUGCCAUUCCCAGUUCUUCAGGGGGAAGGGGUUGAAUAUCUUGAUCAUGUCGAUGAAGCCAUCAUCGCCAAUUUCUAACUACCGGCUCUACAUCAAGUUCAAGUAAACUUUAUUGUGACUUACAAAAGCAAACAGGUCUAUCAUCAUAUAGAUACACUUUUAAGGGCUUUUAAAAUCUGAAAUCACUAGUGAGGAGUAGAUAUCAUCUGAAGUAAUUAACCCCAAACUGAAGAAACAACCUUUUUUU